AUGCCAUUCAGAGCAUUGAAAGAACGGUAUAGCAACUACAACAACCUAUGGCUUCAGGCUUUGUUUAUUUUGUCCUUACUAACUACAAGAUCAGAAACCGGUAAAAUCACUCUGGGGUUUUUACUGCCAUUUAAUGUUCCGACGAAUAAUUCUGCCGCGGUGGCGCUUACAUCAGCAAAAGACUUCGCUUCUGCGUUUCUGCUGGCUGUGGAAGCAGUCAAUGAUUCAUCAUUGCUACCCGGGAAUCGAGUAACCUUUGUUUUGAACGAUACUCAGUGCAACGAUGAUAUUUCAAUCAAGACCAUGCUCUAUCAGUUGGAGAGAGGUGUUCAGGUUAUCAUAGGACCUGGAUGUACCUGUGCGACAGAGGCGAAGUUAGCAGCAGCCGCGAAUGUUCCUAUGGUUUCGUACGUAAGUACAACAGACACUGAUGAAAUAUAGUUACUUAGCUUGAUGUUGCUAACAUAGUUGAUACUCAAUCUCGGCUACAAACAGCGGCUGUCACCCAGCAACUUUGCGAAUAAGCUCCAUAUGUCGAUAUGAUCAAUUUUAUUGGCAAGAAUUGUGAGGCAAAAUUUAACCCCAACGAGUACCUUUCGUUCAUGAUAUCCGGAUGAUUCACGAUCUCAAGUGUCAGAGUUGACCGCGGGAUAUACUUUUUAUUUGGGACAAUCUUAACACAGCAGCUUCUUAACAAUGAAGUAUUCUUCACCUUCUUGAGGGCUGUGAAUCCUCUCACAAUGAAAUAAUCAAGUUUUUGUUUUUCGCAAUAACAUACAGGAUUACUUCUGUGUUCUUGACCGGAAUAGACCCCUAAGGGGGUUGUAACGGAGCCGUUGUAUUUAAUAGGAAAAGUGGUCUUUUGGGAAUAUUGUUAUUGACCGCAAGGUCGCACAGAAUACGGACAAACAUACUCAUGAAUUGUGUACAUUUCAUGCUCUGAGAAAUUCUUUGUUUUGAGGAAAGCUUUUGGGCGGUCUGUCCGUUUACAACAAACGCUGAUCAAACUUGGAAUUUUCAUCCAUUUUCAUAGAACUUAUUGUGCCUUUGUCAAGGCGUUGGUAGCAGUAAAUAGUGUACGCCAAAUGAGACACGGAGGUUGGUUUUUGUCGUGUAGAUUUGUGUAAACAAAAGGUGAGCUUAGAAUUUGGCAAGAACUGUGACUAAAUUGUUUAGGGUUUGCAAACUUUGUCUUACAUUUGCAUUUUCUUGACGGCAUGACGGCUUUCUGAUUUAAGAAAAGUUUGAUCUGGACUGUUAAGAGAAAUUAGAGGACUAGAACCUUGAAAUGGUAUUAAUGAAACGUUGCAAUAACAAAGCUUACAAACAUUGCUUUGUCAGUAGGUUUAAAUGCAUACAUUUUGUAGGUAAAUCUUUUUCAUUAUCAUCAUUAUUUACCCGAAAAUUCGUCGCGAUUUGGAAACCGUUUAGCGAAACAUUAACCGCCGAAAAACCGCGAUCUACUGCUGCCUUCCUUCCUGUGCAGCAAUUAAUAGAUAAUACCAUUUUGUAUUGAUGUGCUUUAUUUCGCUUUUUUCACGUUUCGACUCAAUGUUUGAAAUUCACACUAAACUGGCAUGCAAAUUUUAACUACUUCGCAAAAAUACACUUCGGUAAUAUUUCGAUGACUCGGAAUAUAUUUAAUUGAAAUUUUGUCAAGAAACCAGAAAUUGAACUGUCCGCAUAUCUGAAGAACAACAUUUUCAGUGUAGGUCACUUUUGAUAUUUGUGCUACGUGCCUAUCUGUUCACACUAUUAUACUUGUUGGCACGUCAAAAUAUCUCUUAUCUAUAUUAAAAACAGUAUUCUGACACUCUCAUCGACUGCUUGCCGAAGAGAGAGUGACAGAAAUGAGUAAUCCAUUCUCGCCUGAAUAAAUUUUUUUUAAGAGCCAUGUUUAAAAUUAGGCUUUAUCUAUCAAUUUUAGAUGAAAAUAUUGAUCAUUUGAACGUUUUUUCCUUGUGCUACCGAACACAAACUCUUCGUUUUUUUCAAAUUGUUAUUUGAAUAAAAAGCCUCUCGUAAAAGCAGUUUGAGUAAUUCUAUACCGCGAAAAGGUGAAACAGAAUGCUAUGUUUGGCUGAAAGAGAAAAGGUGAAUUAUUUUUGAAAACACAUUGCAAAGAAAUAGAUUGACUGCUAAGAUUAUUUUUGAGUUAUUACUCAGAAACGGCUUGAAACGGGUCAAGGGAAAAGAGCCAUAAAUAUCACUAAGCUGUAAUAUUUCCGGAGCAGUUUUUGAUUGAAAGGAAUGGUAUUGUGAACUAGGUCGGCUGCUAUAGACUGGAUCAUGUUAUUACCUAUGGAGACCGGAACACUGAUUCAAACCAAUAAAAUAUAUAUAUAAAAAAAACCCCAAAGAAUAACUGAAUAACCUAAACUGAAAAUUUCAAAACCAGUUUCUGAUCAUCGAGAUACAACUAUCAGAAGUAUAAAGAUUUUCUAACAGUUUCACAGAUGGACGCGUUGAUGACAGAUUGAUUCCGAUCACCUUUUUGUGCCUCAUUGCAACUUCAGAGGGAAAAUUGCCUAGUAUUCAUCUAGCGGCUUGAUACUCACAAAAAUGUCAGACAUAAUAAUUGCGAAUGUCUUUCAAAUUAUCAAUUUUCUUUAGUUUCAUUCUCAGCUAGAACCCGCUCUAGUUUAAGAGAUAUUUCCUUUUUUAGGAGUAGUAGCCAUUUAUUUUACAAAUUAAACUUUCCAUCUAAUGACAGCAAACUGCGCAAAGUCGAAUUAAAUAGUUUCUGUAAUUAUAUGAAAUAAUUUUUUUUAAAGUUUGAGUGUCAAACUGCACGUGAGACGACUGAACCUCACGUAAUGUGUACUGUAUAUCAAAUAUCUUUUCCAAAGCGGUGGCAUCGCAUUCAUUUUGCGUGCAAAUGACAGUCAGGCCACACUGAAAGAAAUUUUAUAUUUCAUUUGCUAGGAGAGGUGUUCAACGAAAUUGACGUUAAGUUUACAAAUUGCGUACUGUCUGCACUCUCGGUUGGAAAGUCCGAAACAGUUGGCAUUUUUCGGCGGUAAUGAUUCAUCUCCGACAAUUCUUGUUUUAAAAAUUUUGACACAUCCGGUUAUUUGGUAUAAUAUUAGUAAAGAACUCGGAAUUUUGAAUACGUUUGUUGUUCAUACUUUGCCGAAAUCGUUUUCCGACGUUUAUGAAUAUAUUUAAAAACAGGUCUACACAAAAGAACAAAAGGCUUUGCUGACUGAUAUGAAUUUACUUUUCAUGUCCAGAAAUUUCACUCCGUAUUUUUAAAGCAGCCCUUGUAAAGAUUUUCAUAAACCUGCACAAUUUUACAAGCGUUACGAUCAAUAUGAUAAAUUUCUGUGGGUUUCUGUAAAGAUUUUGGUGUAGUUAUGGACAGUGUUAUCAACGAAAGGGCAUUAUUAUCAAACUGCUUUUUGUUUUGUUUUUGUCUUUUUCCUCUCCAGUUUGGUAAAGAGUUCGAAGAUAAUGCCCUUCAUUUCCCGUUUAUUUUCCCGCUGUUUGCUAAUGAAUGGCCGAUAUUGACCGGUUUAUUGUUGUUAUAACAUCAUGGAAAAAGACCUUCUAUGAAAAUAUUGCGCGUUAAUUUUACAUUCAUGAUUGUUGAAGGAAUAAUUAUAUUCUCGAAUUUUAAAUUUUGAAUGAAAAGUUCAUUGGAAAGUAAACAUUUUCCACAAUUUUAUGAUCUCUUAAUCGCCCAGUGAUUGACAAAUAUAUUUGUCUUUACUGGGCAAUAACUAAGGAUCUCUUUCAAAACAGAAGGUUGAUUGAUGUUUGAUGGCGGUGCUAAGCAUCUCAGUAAACUAGCAAUGGUAAACCUAAAGAGGAAGUAAGAGUUGAAUUUCAUAGUCAUCGAGAUAAAUAACGACAGGUCGCUCCAAUUUUUUUUCCACUAUUUUUCCAAAGAAAAGGAAAAACAAACCAACAGACAUAUUUUGCUUGAAUUAAAUUUUGAACAUUCUUACUUUUAAAUUAUAUCGUAAAUUCUUUUUCACAGCUAAGUCUCUGAUUAAGGAUUUUUAGCGUUCGAUGGUAUAUUUUCCGUCUUAAAGACCGCAACUUAUGGAAAUAACCCCAUUGUCCAUAUCAUAUUCGCAAACCAAAAAAAAAUUCAAGAUAUUUCUAUUUGAUAACAGAGGUGAAUAUGAUCUAAGACGAGAAUCCUCGAGAAGACCACCCUUGGAAAAAAGACCUUGAAUCGCAUUUUUGAUUGUGUCACAACCUUUUAGCCGAUGAUUCGACUUUGCGUGAAUGAAAUUUUUAUUAGAGAAUUGAUUUUAGAGACGGCCCACGCUGAGAUUGCUAUCUUGAGAAAACCUUAAGGGUGUCGAGCCCAUUAGUGAUCUCUCUCAUAAUUUCCUUUUUUUUUGUUUUCAAUUUUCCGCUUGUGCAUUCUUAGUCAAAUGUUGUCAAUAUCUUUCGCGAAUAAUUGACAGUGUACUUCUGGAUCAAUCAAAUUGUGUGUUUCGAAGCAAGUUGACGAGCCAAUGUUGAACGCCAUAUGCACGGGAGAUAUUCUUAUACUCGACUAAAACCCAUUACCUUGUUUGUUUACAGUGUGCUGGAUUUCGUGAAAGUGUAGUGGCGGGUUAUAAGGCGUGUUUCAGUUGAAGUUAGGACUGAGUGUGAGCCUUAUAUUGAAUUAUAAUGAGCGGUGCUAUUCAGUUCCUCAAAGUUUAAACAUGAACAUGGUGCCGCUAAUCCUUUCGUUUAAACACGGCGACGGCGAAGUCUUAGGGUUUAUGAUCGCUUUAUUGUCUCUAAUGGAUGACCUUAGAAAGUCACGUAGGACCUAAUUGAGAUCAUAAAUUACAUUCACUAAAAACGUUUGUGAGUUAAUGGAUUUGGAAUGUAACGAACAGGCAACGUUUGCGAAGAAGAGAAUUAUGUUUGAAAUAACAGCAUGAACGGGAAAUUACACAGCUUGAGUUGAAAUGCCAAUUACAGAACGUUUAGAUUAGAUUUAGCUUAGUUUAAGCGGAAAUUUGAAAACUGAAUUAUAUUAGCGAAGAUUAGAUAGGUAAACAUCUCUAAACAUUUUGAUCUAAGAGCUGGAACGCUGUUCCCAGUGGUGUCUUCAUGUUACUUAAUACGCGAUAAACUCCUGCAGGUGACUAUUCAGUGGCAGCUAUUAUAGUCUCUUCCACAGCAGCUGUCGCUCAUGGGUCUGUUUGCACCGGCUCAGGAAAAUAACCAAUCAAUUCAGACCAACCGUUCCGGUGAAAGGAAAUUUGCUGCAAAACAGUAAAACUUUGGAGACAUUGGCGUUCUUUACAACGCAUGCGCAUAAUGUCCUACACUCCCGGAGGUUAUCCAUGUUUCGAUUGCAUAUAGCGACUCGGUCUAGUGCAACUCCAUUGGGAUGGGGUGCUAGUUCAUCGAAGGCUACCGCCCUCCCCCCCCCUCUCCCUCUCCCUCCCCUUCUAGCAUCCUAUAGGUCUCCCUAACAAUUUGCUGCUAUUUAUUUAAUACUGCUGAAUGGAAAGAGGAACCGAAGUUGGAGCACAACGCAUAAGCAAUGCUUGUCAAAAUUCGAACUGAACCCGGACCGAUUUUGUAUCCAACGCGCGUAUACCGAAAAACGAACUCAACCAGGAGAAUAAUUCAUUUGCUGUAUUUUAAUUUUUUAAACAUUUGUACCGUUUUUUCUUCUUAACAGAUGUGCAUUGACGAAAAUCUCUCUGAUAAAGUACUUUUUCCAACAUUCGCUCGGACAGUUCCGCCAAUUAGCAGACUUUCUCCGCUUCUACUCGCACUAAUGAAGCAUUUUAGAUGGACUCGCGUUGGAAUAAUCGCUCAAACCAAUCACCGAUGGUCUCAUUGGAAAGCGUUGGAGAGCGACCUGAGAAACGGGGGCUUGGCAGUGGGCAUCACUCGGACCCUGACGAUGGGUGUCCAUUUUAACGUCUCCAGUUUGUUACCCGAAUUUGAAGGACUUCUUGAGAAAGUGGCGAAACAGUCUCGAAGUAAGCUUUACUUGUACUGAUAGGAAGAAAAGUGCCGUUGUUAUUGAAAUAUUUUGACCUCCUCUAGACCAUUUAGCAAACAAAUAUUCGCAUGAAACUUUAUAAACUUCCUCUUGAGCCAACCCUAAUAAGCUCCCGCAAUAAAAGGUUCUUUGACUUAAAUUUAUUAACUAACUGUUAGCUUAUAAUCACGUCCUUUUUUGCUCCACAGUCAUCAUUUUAGCUAUGGAUUACGCCUAUGCCCACCAGGCUCUGAAUUACGCCGGAAAAAUUGAUUUAAAUGACGGUCGCUUUGCAUUCAUCAUGUUUGAACUGGAUUUAGACCUUACUGGGAAGAAGACGGGUAAUUUGUCCAAAUCAUGGGAAAGUGAUUCAAAAAACACAACUGGGACAGUCUUUGAAUCAGCUCUGUUAAUUUCUUUGAACAACAACGUAAGCAAGGGAUACUUGGCCUUCGUAGACGAUGUGAAAAAUAGAAGUUCAGGAUUCCCAUUUGACAGCCCUGCGUCUUCAGGGAACAUGGUGAGUGUAGGAUGUUGAAUUGUGUUAUUUACUUUCUCGCUCGUUUACUCAUCCACUUAAUCAAGUUAUGAUUCCAGGCGAUCAGGAUUACUAUGAUUUCAGGAUUGCUUUAGUAUUAGCUCAGUUAUACACUUACAGCCAUAUUUACUUUUACAAAACAACCAUAACCAAUUGGCAAUAGACAGAACAUAUAAAUUAAUCUACAGAACAGCUACAUCUGUUACAAGUAUUUCUCUUACAGGUUAGUUACGAGCUUAGUGGCCAAUUACCGUCGAGGCAGUUUAUCUGGGAGCCACAGUCUUAUAACUAUCGGAUAACAUGCGUCGACUUUCUAAAUAAAUCAUAAUUGCAAUGUAAUACUAUACCUCGUUUUCUGAUAACACUAGACCGUCCUUUCACGAAAAUUUCUUUCAACAUCCUUUUAACUUCAUUUACAGCCUCCUAUACAUGCAGCCUACCUGUAUGACGCGGUUUUUCAGUACGCCGUUGCCUUGAAUAAAACUUUAACCAAUGGAGGAAAAAUUUCAGAUGGCCAGAAAAUUAUAAAGGAGAUGCUUGGACAACAAUUUGGAAGUAAGUACACCAGGGAAACAUCUUAAAGAACAAAGAGAGUUUGACAUAAACAUGAAACUGAAGAGACGUAUUGUAGCUGUGCGAUAAGUGUUCCUUAAGCUAGGAUGCUUAAUAAGUAAUCAUGAGGGACCAAUCAUUUUUCAUCGCCAGGGGGACUAGCCGUUGUCAACAGAGUAUUAACCCUUUAACUCCUAAGAUCUCAUUAGUAAUUCUCCUUACUGUCUGCCAUACAAUUCUUGUGAUGUUAGUGUGGAGAAUUUGGUAUUAGAUCAAUUAAUAAUCCCCCACUUGAUAUUUUACUUUAUUCUCAUCACAAUGCUUAUGAUUUUAGUUCGGAUAAUUUGGUUUUGGAUCAACAGAUAAUCCCCUAAUUGAUUACUUCUUUGUUCUCAUCACUUGCAUGUCUGUAUGAUAUUGCAUUGAUAUUUUGAGGAGAAAAUCUGUCUUGGUCACUCAUUGGAGUUCGGAGGUCAAAUUAUUUCUUGGUCUUCCGAGGUUCCAUGUGAACCAAUCUUCUUUUUCUUUCCCCUUUUCGAGGAAAGAUAAUCAUAUGUUAUCUCUGUCUCUCGGUGGAAAUCUUUAAUUUUCAAUCAUUCAUGCAUAAACUAAAUAUUGAUUAACCUUCAAAUCAUUUUUAUAUCUUCGAGGUAUUCUUGGCUAUGACCGAUAUAUCAACAAAAACGGCGAUGCAGAUUUUAGCACGGUGCUAAUGGAUUAUCGAGAAAACAAUAAUGGUAAGCAUCAGAAGAGAUUGCCUAACUUUUAUGGGGAGAUCAGACGGAAAGGAAUUACGAUUCAUAUCCCGGGUGGGUGGGAAUGGUCAGUUUUGGGAGACAUCACUCCUUGAUCACUCGCUGUCUAGUUUGUUAACCUCCUUUUUACUCUAAACAUGAUGAAAAGGGUCAUCCUGAGAUUACUGAGGAAGUUUUUAUACCGCUAAAUUUUCCGUCAAACAAUCUUAACGAAACGGGCAAAAGGCACCAGAUGUUAUGUUGAUUGUGAGUUUAAGCAUGUUAGUAAACACAAUAGAGAAAGGGAAUGAAUAAUGUAAUCUACACAGGUUAUGAAAAUAUUUCAUUUUGGCACACAAACGACAGAAACCAGACAUCAAAAAGUGAAAUAUUUACCGUUUGCCCUUUGGCGUGAGAGUCAGAAAUAGGUUAUAUCGACCUCACUGAAACUGAAAUGAUCAACCACAACAUCCCUUCCUUUUACUUGUAUUUUUCCUACAGAACAGCCCCCGUUCAAUACAGCAUUAAAGAAGAAAAGAAUAUCAAAAUAUUUAUUGAAUACUUAUCUAAGCGUUUUUUUUUUGUUCAGGAAUGUUUCAGCAGGUUGGAGAGUUUGUUGUUGACAAGACAGGAAAGUACAAGCUUCUCUUGAGCAAUGACUCGAUUAUUUGGCCAAAUAAUAGUUCCGCCCCUUCCUCUGAUGUACUGCAAUGCAGGUCAUGUGACGCUAGGUGCUAUAACGGUAAGGCUUACAGUUGUUCAUAAGCCGUUUCCAAAACAACCAAAAACUCUCUCUUAAAACGUGGAUAAGAGCGAUGUUCCUCAGUUUGAGGUUGAACAGUCUGCCUCAACUUAAAGAUGAGGUUGUUUAGAUCUCGGAAAUGACCUAUUGAAACAGUUCUGGUUUGAUUAAUUUCAGCAUAACACUUUCAAACUUUGUACUCUAAAAGUUGAUUUUUCUUUUAAUGUGAUUAAGAAGUGUUCAGCCAUACAUUAGUGCCCCCUUCCUGCGAGUCAUCUGAGUGACAGGCUGUCAGUCUGUUUUCUGUUUGUGAGUCGUCCUUCUCUAUGUGUUUGUUGCUUUUCGCAAUGUUUAUCUCGCUCAUAUCUACAAUUUCUUCCAUCCUUUCCUCCCCCUAUCUAACCAUCCAUUCAUCUAAAUAUCCGUCGAAACCUCUGCAUCGCCGAUACUUUUAGCGCCUUGGGCCGACGUCCGACGGCUUUUAUCCCCAAAUGUUUCGGGAAUCAAUCGGCCCCAUGGGCUUGACAACCUGCUCAGUCAACUCCACGGUUGUUCGAAGGUGGAUAACGCUAUCCACUGGAUAAAUCUCCUUCCAGUGAUCAGCGCAUUACGUUUUGUCACUUUUUAUCGUCAGAGUAGCGGUUUACCCGUUGGAUAGCGUUAUCCACCCUUUGAAAAACUGGACCCAGAUAAUUCGAAUUGUAAAUAUAGGCUUUAACAAAAGUUUCUGUCUUGAUAAUUGGUUAAAUAAAUUCCUUUCUACAUCAUUUACAGGUUUUUUUUGGAUUGUUUAAGCAACAUAGGUGCUUAUAAAUUUUAACAUUAAAACGUGUUUUUAUUUGCUUGCUUUAUGAAAAUCUUAAUUUGCUUAAUUUCAUUUUCAGGCCUUAAUAGUGUUUUAUUCGUUUUCGGUUAUUCUUUUUACAGUCAGAUUAUUUAUGCUCCGUCGAGAUCUGUUUUGGUGCCCAAUUUAAAUGAGAUUUAAUUCAUCAGUACAUUUCGUUAUUUUAUGUUUUUGGUUUGAAGUCGAUACGUAGUUCAUGUCUAGUUCAGUAUUGUUUGCAGCUUAAUUUUGAAAUGAUGAAUUCUAAAAAUAAUAUUGCAUAUCAUUAUGGUAUCUAUCGUUUGCAAUUUUAAAAAAAUUUGGAAAUCAUGCAGAGGGUCUACAGAAUCACUGAUUAAAUUUAGUCGCGGGUAAAAUACCGUUUUAGAUUAUAAUCGCGCGUAACUACAAUUCUGUUGAUUGCAUAUUGUUUCGGAAAAAUUCAAUUUGCAAAACUUGAAACUUCACAACAGAUUCUAUAUUAUAUUACUUAAUCAACAUGGCAUCUCUCAGUUUCAAUGACAAUGAAGCGUUUUGCCCUCUCAAGAAAUUAUCUCCCGAGGGAGAUAUUCAGCUGAAGAUAAAGAAAGCCUUGCCAUUUAUGGAAUAAUUUUAGCUUUUUCCGCGACUAGCAUGAAAAGUAUUUUAAUAUGCCCCAAAUUCGUAUUCGUUACUUCUACUGGUAAUGAUCAACUUUGUUCACGUAAUGGUAAUCAUUACCGCUGUGAAAAAAAAUUACCCGAUGUUUUCACAGGAUAGCUCCUUUAUUCAAAGUCAUAAUGUUCCGGCCUGGUGAUAAUUGUAUAUCAGCACGAAUUUCGCUUUUACUAAGCCGCCCCCCAGACCCCCCGGUCACGAUAAGUGAAUAUUACAGGUGUUUUUAUUUCAAAUGGUUUUGAAGUAAAAAUAUUACCUACAACAUAGAGGGCAGAAUCCUUUCAAACCGAAGCAAGAGAUGUCAUAAUCAAAUUCCGUGCAAUAGGAAUUGAAUUUUGUGUGGCUGGUAAUGACCUCGCACCCACUCUAUAACUUCAUUGUUCACCUAAUUGAAGUGGUUUUUGCAAAAUCCUUCUUCGAAUAUGAACAGUUUAUUGAAUUUCAAAGCACAUUUGCUGCUUUCUUUCGUUUCAAAAUUUCUAAUUGGGUCUUCCUGUCCUGGUCCAUCUACAGAAGGAAAUUUAACGAUCGGCCUGAUUCUUCCUUACUCUGCAUCACCUGGUAACAGUCGCGCCCUCGACGGGAAAUUCUACGCUUCUGCCAUCACUAUCGCUGUAGACAACAUCAAUAAAGAUUCCAACCUUCUGCCUGGAAUUCGCCUCAGAUUCGUAUGGGAUGACUCAGAAUGCUCGGAAGAGAAGUCAAUAAAUGCACUUAUCAGUCAAUUCGAGAGGAAAGUGGACGCUUUCAUUGGAUUCGGUUGCGAUUGUCACACGCAAGCAAGAAUGGCGGCGGCGUUAAAUUUGCCUGUUAUCUCGCAUGUAAGUAUUUAUUCCUUUCUAUUCCUGCUUUGGUAAACAACGAAUUUAUUUUUUAGAAAUUUUCAGACCCAUAUAUUUGCGAAAUCAAAGAAUAUAAGGAUAGUGCAGCGGUAAAUUGAAACUCAACACUUAUUCCUGAAUUCAUGAUCAAUUUUUUGAAAGGAGUAAGUUACCUGCCUUAUUUGCUUAGAAAUCCUACUUCAGUCGCGGAUUAUUUUUUUAUUUGUUUAAUUUGUUUAAGUAUCAUUCACCUUAAUUCCAUUUUACUGUAUGUUUUAAAGUGCGUUAUGUGCUUACGUUGUAAACAUAAAUCAGAAACUACCGCGUUGCGUGGAAAAUUUUGCGAGAGGUUUAUUUAGCAUUGGUAAAUUUUUAGCGGGUGCAAACUUUUGCGGUUUGACACGACAGAAUUUUUUUGCAGGUUAAUAUUUUUAGCAAUUAUCUUUAUAACGUAAAUGCAGAGAAAAACGCACCAACUUAGGGAAAUACGUGGUAAUUGAUUCGUAUAUGGAUAUUUUCAGUAGUAAGUUCUCAAGGAGUACGAUUUGACAUAUGGCCUGCGUAAAGAUUUUUUCUUUUGACUCUGAGUAGUGAAGUUUUCAGCCUUUUUUUUUCGCCGCGGAAUUUUGACAGCGGGAACUUAAUUUUCAGAUCAAAGGCUAUCUACAAAAUCGGAAAAAACUGAAACUAGUAGCCUAAACUUUAUCGUUUUUUAUCUUCCUGUUCAAGCUGUGCACAUCAAACGCAGUUUCCGAUAAACAGCUUUAUCCGACCUUCGCACGAACCAUUUUCGGCGACAAUAGCAUUGGUCCGUCGGUGUCGGCGAUUAUGAACUAUUUUAACUGGAACCUGGUCGGAAUAAUCAGCGAGGAGGAGCACGACUGGAAACGAAGGGCAGAUUUCUUAGAGUCUUUUUUGGAUUCCGUUGGAAAAACAGUCACGAUGCACAGUAGAGUACCUUAUUAUCGUUCGUAUAGAGCAAAAGAACAUGGCGAACAAUUCAAAGAAGUUUUAAGCCAAAGCAAAAACAAAGCCAGAAGUAAGUGUAAAAUCUUUCAAUUCGCUUACGCUAGCUCAAAUUUGUUAAAACAGGUUUGGGUCAGAACGCGAAGAGCGAGGCGCGUGCAUGCCAAAACUGCGCAGACGUUUUUGAAGCGUUUAAAUCACUCAAUAAAAUACCAUGAAAUGGGCAGCUGCGAAGAGUAUAACUAAUGAAAUAGAACACACCCAUGUAACUUGAUCCACUUCAAGAUCAUGAGAUGAAACUCUGGAGGAACCACAUCAGUCUAGUAACGGGUGAAUGAAAUUAUGAAUUGACUGUUGGUAUUAAAAAUGAGGACUCAGUGGUGUUUAGUGCGGUGGUUUCCAGAUCAUGUGGUCCGGCUUCGAGCCCAGGCUGAGUCAUUGUGUUGUGUUUUGGGACAAGAUACUCAACACUCACAGUGCCUCUCUCCACCCAGGAGAGUACGAGAACUGUCUUGUGAAAUCUGACGAAAUGAUGCGGUGGACUGGUAUCUAAUCAAGGGAUGAGACGCAAGACUGUUAGUCGCUUCAGGUCGCUUUAAGGGUAGAAAGGGUCCUGUGACUUUUGAGCAGACCCUUUCUAAGAUCCUAUGAAUUCUUUCCUUUUUUAGGUUUGGUUCACUUUUGAGAAUUUUUUCUCUGUUUUUCAGUCAUUAUACUUGCCAUGGAACAAAGAAUUGUGAGAGAGGCAAUGUACUAUGCCUCUAAACUGGGAAUGAACAAUGGAGAUUACGCCUUCAUUUCUUUUGUAUUGGAUCCUGUCCUAGUUCAAAGAUAUACAGCAAAACCAGCUCUUUUGUUUGAUGGCAAAUAUUCGUCAACGUGGAUGAAGUCUCUCUCCGAUCAAGAGAAAAAGGAGUUUUACGACGCGUACAAAUCGAUGUUACUCAUGGUUUUUAACACUUUGAAGAUUGAGGAGUAUGAGAAUUUUACAGUUGAAAUGAAACACAAAAUGUCUGAGCCGCCAUUCUGUAGUGAUGCUUACAAGGGAUAUCAAAUGAUUGGAGAUUUCCAGUAUCCAAAUUUUGACAGAAGGGUAUAAGUAUUCUUGAAAUGCAGAUUUCAUUAACACUAUUAUUAAGAGGAGGGGAGAGUUAGUCAUAAAGUCAACAAGUGAGCAGUUGAACAGUUCCAGAUAUUAAAGGAACAGCGUUAAAGGAUUUGUGUUUUCGGCGUGAACAUUUGCAUUUCCCCUGUCCAAAAUUACUGGAUCCACCAGUGGGCGCAAAUUAAACCUUUAUUUUUUUCAUCUAUUACAGCACUCUGUUGUCUGGCUACGCUUGACAGUCCAAGCAUUUUACAUUUACUAUCUGAUGAUCAUAAACCAGAUCUCCAGCUUCUCAGGACAGAUCAAUAAACCAGAGUAAAUUCUUUAGUUAAUCGUAAAGAGGACUUUUACAGUGACACGUCUCUAAUCUAUUUGUUGUUUUCCAUUUAUCAGGCCCCUAUACAGACGGCUUACCUUUACGACGCGACGUAUCUGUAUGCGAUUGGAGUUAAUAAGACAAUUUCUGAAAGAAAGAACGCUACUGAUGGUAAAGCAGUGAUGAGUGUUCUAUAUGGCAAAUCAUAUUCCAGUAAGUAGGACCAAGCAGAAAUGACUAGAUUUAUUUUGGACUGCCGUGCAACCAACCAUGUUUAGUUGGUCGGGCUACGUUGAACCUUCCUACAGCUAGCUGCAUGGAUUUACAAAUGCGACGAACUUCGGCGAACAUUACUCCGGACGACGUAAAUGAUAGAGAUAAAUACUAAAACGAAGAUUUGCGCGACAACCAUAUGGAUUGUAACGAAGACAGAUACAAUGACGUCGGCUAUACUGAUGACGACUAAUACAACAACGACGACUCGAGCGACAAAGAGUUACGAGGGCAAAAGAUACAAAGACCUUAAUGACGAAAAUUGCAACGACGACAACUCCAGGAGCUAACACGAUUACGACGUAUUCUCAGACGACGACAAUUAAGACAAACUAGAGCCCAACAUUCAAUGUUUUGAUCACUAGACGUUGAUAAGCAUAAGAGCUCUAUAACCCUUUACAUUUCUUUAAAAGCAGUUAACCUUUUUCUGUCAAUUUUAACCACUCCAAUAGCAACGUUACCAGCUCACAAUUAUUUGAUAACUGUCUCACAAGUUCACGCACAAGCGUUUUUUUCCUUUCAGGCAUUCUUGGCUAUGAUAUAUUUCUGGAUAAAAACGGAGAUGUGCAACACAAUCUCACAGUAAUGGACUUCAAUGAAAACUACGGUAUGAUAGACCCUCUUUCGCUUAAACUUUUCAGCUCCCAUGAAAUAUGUCCGAGCUAUUUCACUCCUUCCAUUUCGCUGAAAAAGCCAGGGCGCUUAAGCCAACCAUCUCUUUCGCAUGAUGCUGGCGCUCUCUUGCGUUUCGUUGAUUGGCCAAAAGUGGAGCAAGUUUGCCCAAAGAUUGCAAUCAUGAAGAAACGUCUGCCUUGAGAUACACAUUUUACACACUGCAAACAGAAAAACGAACUAUUUAACCUCUUAUUAGGGGCUCGAGUGUCGACGGUUUCAAUUCAUAGAAACCUCAAUCGUUCGAAGAAGUAAAUGGAGAAAUUAUCGGAAAGCUGCUAAAUUAUUUGCUUCGGUUUAAGUAUUUGACAAAAUCGUCUGGAACCAAGACGAGCUUUUGUCUUAAACUGUAUUUUACUUGUGGACGUGUUGUUUCUUUCAUUAUUUAGAAGAGCCAAGUUUUGAAAACAGAGGAAUGUUUAAAGUAGAGGAUGAUAAAAACAACACAAUUUCUUUCGACCUGUAUCCGAACGCCACCAUUUCGUGGAUCAAUGGCAAAGCUCCUGUUGAUGCUCCAGAAUGUGGUUUUGAAAAUGAGAAAUGUCCCGUGGAGGUGAAAAAAAAGCUAUGUAAGUUACAACUAUUAUGCAGAGAAGUAAAACGCAUAGAUGGCUUUACCAUUAACAAAACUGUCUAUUUUUAUCAUAUAAACUACGGUGUUAUGCAAGGAUUUCCAGCCCUGAGAAAAGCCGUAACUACACACUUGAAAAAAUGCGGUAUUUUUUCACGUGUGUUUGAUAUCGCCAAUCAGCUGCUGACACCUCACCCACGACACUCAGUCAAGUUACUGAACGACCGGCAAAGCCUUCACCAUUCUCAAUCCAAGGUCGUUUGUCAGAAUUUUUUCAGAUUAUGGCUGCUAAAAAAAAUAAAUAAUCCGUAUCGCUUAAUUACAGACAGUGACGUUCAAACUUUUGCUAGAAGUAGAAGAAAACCAAAAUACGAAAAGAAAAACCGAAAGACCUUGCUAAUGGUAUUUCUCGCCACUGAGAACGAAAAUCGACAACUGGAAUUAGAUUUACCACAGGCGGAUGUUGACGUGUACGUGAAAGAUUUCUUUGGUCGGGAAGGAAUGAGUCAACAACUGAGAAUCUUGCACAUUGAAAAUUAGGCCCAUUGUUCGUAUUUGUCGUGAUUCAACGCAUAUGUCCAUCUUGAGCGCGCAAACGCGCUUUAUUCGGAAUGUCGAUCCUUUCGUUUUCAUUCAUUAAUAAAGUCGACUUCUCUCGUCGGUAAAAGGCUUUGGGCCUAUAUGGUAAACAAAAUAAUACAUGGUUGCUUGUAGAUAUGAAAUUUCUAAUCUUGUGGUCAACUCGAAGAGAAAUUCCAUAUCUAGGCGUGUCCAUAUAUUAUUCUCUAUUUAUCACAUGAAACAAAUAGAUUCCAUGUUGCCGUGGGUCUGUUUAGUAAUAAAUCACAAAAGACGCCAAAAUGUGGUGAGAACAUCAGUGACACAAACGGCUGCGCCUCGUUGGUCCCUUUGUUGUUCUUACCACAGUUUGACGUCAUCCGUGAUCUAUUACUGAACAUACACACUGUAACACGGAAUCUAUUUGUUAAAUGUUGAACGUACCCUUGUACGAACGUACCUCUUGCCCCCAUUGCAGUGAGUAUUUUUAUUUUGCAAGUUCAAGAGAGUUCAUAAUAAAGUAAAUUUUUAUUUUUUUACAGCGGUGGCGGAGAUAGUUUCCAUUUGUCUUGGUGUCAUGGUGGUAGUCAUUCUGAUUGCUGGAGCCAUCAUUUACAGGUAUAGUAAGGUUGUUUCUUUAUCAUUUUGUAAUCAUACUCGGUAGGUGCAUUAAUUUUUUUGUGGUUGAUUUUUAUUGAGGUUCUGUGAUGGAACGAAUGAAAACGUUUUGAUUUUAUAAUUAUUUGUCCCACAGAAAACAGAAACUUGAGAAAGAACUCGCGAGCAAUUCUUGGCGAGUGAGCUAUCAGGAAAUUUCUCUAAGAACGAGACAACCAGGAUCUCUACGCAGCCAGGUAAAACACAGGUCUAGCGGUCGGUAGACCAGUCAGGCGAUCAUAAACAGGUCGCUCGGUCGAUCUUAUGUCGAUUAGUGAGUGAGUGAGUGAGUGAGUCACUGUCCGUCAGUCAGCCAAUAAGUUGUGAGUGGUCAGUCAUAUUCAGUCAACAGAGUCAUUCAAUCAGUCGCCAGUCAGUCAGAUUAGCUAGUCAGUCAGUCCCUCAGUCAGUCAGUCCGUCAGUCAGCCAGUCGCUCAGUCAGUCCGUCAGUCACUGAAUCAGUCAGUCAGUCAGUCAGUCAGUUGGUCAGACAGACAGGCUUUUAAGUGCCCAACUGACUCGUUUCCUGAACUUCACACAUUUCUAGGUUAGCUUGAUUUCCACUGAGAGCUUUGAUAACCUCAAUCAACGCCAACUCUUCACACUCGUCGGCUCUUGGAGGGUGAGUUAUUACUCUGUAGAUUGGUAGUUCAAAUUUUUGACCAGCGCCCAAGGGUAGAAAGACAUCUUUGUUAGUUAAGAGUAAUUCGAAGAAAGUUCUAAUGCUGUAAACAACUCGACAAAGUAUUUUUAUCAUCAGGGCAAUACAGUCGCUAUAAAGAAAGUCAGCAAGAAAAACUUGGAACUGAACAGGGAGAUCAGAAUGGAGCUCAAGCAGGUGAGAGUUACAGAGAAGUAACCAAAGAGGUUUGAGUAUCUCAAACAUUUAGAGCACAAUUGUUUAAUUAAUUUUGACAACUUGGACUGUGCUCUAGACACACGUAAGUCUUUACAAAUUGCUAGGCAUUUUCUGGAUAUUCAUAUCACGCAUUUGCACUCAGAGUGCGUUUCUUUAGUUUUGCAUUGCAUUGGUUGAGUCUCAAGGGCAAUCACAAGCUAAGCAAAUGAACGUGAGAUAAUUUCAAUCCCGGAUUGAAUUUAACACAAUUCUUUUUGACCCCUUCACUCAGUUUGACAUUAUCAGUAGUUCUUAGGAGAGACGCAACUGUCAUACUAAACUAAUCAUACUACAGAUGCGCGAUGUCCAUCAUGACAAUUUGGCACAGUUCAUGGGCGCAUGCGUAGACACCCCCAACAUCUGCAUCUUGUUCCAGUAUGGACCAAAAGGAAGCUUACAGGUAAACUACGGUAGCCUUGUUUAAGUUUAACGAACGUUAGUGUUCAAAUAUUUCAGCUGUUCAUCCAAGUUUCCCUCCUCCUGGAGGGUGCGCUUAUCUGUUGAAAGUUAUAACUCGGAGCUCUCGAGAGCGUAGAGACGUUAUUUAUAUAACUAAUAUAACUUCAGGAUAGAAACAGAGAUCCGUAUAACUGUUGUAUUGUACUAAAAAAGAGGGUUUUAAUAGCUGUAAAUUUCUUUUAGGACAUUCUUGAAAACGAAGACGUGAAACUGGACACCAUGUUUGUGACGUCAUUGGUGACAGACGUUGUGAAGGUAAUCAUAUCUGGUCACGUGGUUAUAGGAGUACUGCCAUGAAGUUUUGAGUAGGUUUCGCGAGUUAGAAACUUUUCCAGGGUAAACAAACUCCAUCGUUUGCAGACUGAAAAUGAAAGACUAAAUCUACGGGUUAGAAAUUAACGCUUCUUCCAAAGGAAAAACUUCGUCAAAUCUUUUAAAUAUUUGUCAGAGGUUCUUCAUCUAAACGACCUGUUUCUUGUCAUAGGGAAUGGCUUAUUUGCACAGCACAGACAUAAAGUCACACGGGGAUCUGAAGUCGUCAAACUGUGUAGUGGAUGGCCGCUGGGUCCUGAAGAUUACUGAUUAUGGGCUCACAAAGUUCAAGGCAAAUCAAGCUGAAAGAGCUGAAGGAGAUUACGCAAAGUUCUACCGUACGUUUAUUGUUUCUGUUAACUCUUAAGGCUAAUUCAUGCAUUCCUUCGCCUGAGGCUUGUUGCAUCUUCGAGGCCGAUAACCAACACUCAGAUAAUACUGAACUAGUAUCAUGUCAAUAAAAAGAAUGUUCUUCCCCCAAUUUCAAAAGGGUUAUGAAAUGUUUGUAAAUAGAAUAAGAGAUGAUGUCCUUCGUUUAGCCCGAGUAUCUGGCAGAGUCGUUAUUCGUGUGAGGUUAAUUUCCUCGCCUAAGCAUAUAUCACUCAAAAAAUUUCAAUUCUUCUCAGGCUAACGCGGUCGAAAGUUGCCAUUGGGCGAACAUUCUCACCGACUUUGGUGGUUGGGUCUGGAGCAUGUUUUUUCAAAUAUGCUCCAUUCUCUUUCCCACGCCGCUGCUUAUUCUGAUUAUUCGCUUAUUCUGGUUUGAUAUAACUAAGCGGCUGGAUAAAUUGUACUCCGCCUGGAUAGGACUUUGAUCAGGCUCCCCUGACAAUGUGUUGGUAAAUGUGCUCUUUUACGCUCCAAGGUCAGAGGGACACUGCGAGAGAAAAGUGUCUUUGUCCUUGUACACAAGACAUUGUUCCCGCUAUUCUUCGAACUAGGACCUUUCGAUUUAAAAUUUUCAAUGCGAAAUAAACAAGGUGAGCUACUCUUAGCAGAUUCUCAUCAGCCCAACGUACUGUUGCUCCUUUAGGUUUGAUGUGGACUGCACCUGAACUUCUGCGUGCGGGCAAAGGUCAACACGGUAGAGGCACUCAAAAAGGAGAUGUGUACAGCUUCGCUAUCAUUUGUCAGGAGCUGCUGACUCGUUCAGGGCCUUUUGAUAUGUCUUAUUAUCACAUUGAACCAAAAGGUAAUCAACUCUUGCCUUGUUUGAUUAACUUAGUCCUCUUUCCCUUAUUAGAAUUUGCUUUAUACUGAUUUGUUAGAACUAGGAAGCUUUCGUCUCCGUGUUUUCUAUUUUCCCAUGAUAAACGUUGCCAAUCGGGGGAAAACGCUGGAAAUAACUGUCUACGAGAUUUCAGUAGAUAAUUUCAAAGUUAGCGAUUUUUAAACAGACUUUGUCAAAUUUCUGUGGAAUAACUGCAACAACACUUACUGAUACAAGAGUACUUAAUUUCUGAAAAGAAAUAAUUUUACAUGAAGUAGAUUUAAGUGGGAACCUUCUUUGUCGGAACGAGCGAGUAAGGAAAUGAUCAAGAGGAUAAAUGUCGGAGAACGGGGAAGAGCAACAUCACUUCUUUCCAAGACCCUGCCGAUUUUCGCUCACUUUAAGAAACGAUAGUCUGAGACGGACUACCGUGUUACUUGCGCUUAACGACACUGAUUAGCAUGUCAACUAUAGAGUUUGCGUUGCUGAACUGUUGAUUAAACACCAUGAAGCACUGCGAAAGCGCAACGGAUAGUCUCAUUUAUCAGUUUGCAAGAAAUAUGUUUUUCUGAUUCACAGAAAUUAUCCAGAGAGUCAUGAUACAUGAGAACCCACCUUUUCGUCCGAAGCUCAGUAACAUUGGGAAGGAAUGCGAAGUCCCUGGUUUGAUACAAAUGACGGAAAAAUGCUGGAACGAACAACCCGAAGCCAGACCUGAAUUUGAAGAUUUGAAGAGACAAAUCCGAAAAAUGUCUGUUGGAAGGUAUGUUCAGCCUCAGCCGGUGUCGUAGAAUUUGAUUUUCCCAAGGUCCCUUUAUAAUUGUGAUUGGAGGCUUAGUGUUAUCAAGAGAUUAUAGACUGUUUAUAAUGUCUUGGCGUUGCUCCCUUUUUUCGAACAAUCUAUGUCUAUGCCUAUAGUAUCACAUAUUUAGUGCGUCGAACUUGGAAAAAUGUUUGUCUCGAUCGCGGGCGUACUUUGGGACGUCGCACAAGACUUCUUUUGGGGGAAUUGCCGUGUAGCAUUCCAUAGAACGGCUUCUAAGGAAAAUACUUUUAAGGCCACUUUAGGCUCCAGAAUGAAAAAUGGUCUAAUUAUAUAGGAUCUUACUAUAAGUAAUAUUUCAUACUAAAUAUAAUAAAUUGAAAUCGUUUUAGGCAAACAAACAUAAUGGAUAACAUGGUGAACAUGUUGGAAAAAUAUGCAAACAACUUGGAAAGCUUAGUGGAGGAAAGAACAUCGCAGCUGGCCGAUGAAAAACGAAAAACUGAGAAUCUCCUGCACAGAAUGCUUCCUCCGUAAGUAUCCACGUAACAGGUAUAAAUUCACGAUAGAUGAUGAAAAUAACAAGCGGCCAGUACAAGGUUGUAACCGGACACCGCGUCUGCGAAGAGAAGUCAUCUCUUUAUAAUAAUUCCAGAUAAUAGAGGUGUAUUGAGUUAUUUAGGCGGUCUUAGGAUUGAAAGGAACCGCUCAUCUUCUAUCUGCCAUGUUCUUCGUUUUAACGUUUUGGGCGGAAUUAGCUAUUCCUCUCUGUGUUCCUGAACUGUGACUUUCACUCAAGGAGCCGGGGGUUGCUGAAAAUACUCUUUGGUUGGUGAUGGAGUGUUUGUAGGGAAGGGAAGGAAGUAGUGACACGUUCAUUCGCUUCGUAAUCCAUGAUAAGCUUUUUUGAAUUUUUUUAAAAAUUUUUAUAACGAUUUAAUGGCUACUAGCUACUCUACAAAAGUAAAGAAUAAAGAUAAACAAUAAAAUAAAACAGGCCAUGUGGAAGAUCUGUUAAGUAGUCCUUGACCCCAUAUAGAUUAUAACAAUAAAGCAUGCCCUCAUUUCUACACUUAAAUAAGACUGUAAAAAUAAUGUUUUUCUGGCUUUCGACCUAAAUGCUCUUUUUUUAGUUUCAAAGCGAGUGUCCAUAGGCAGUUCAUUCCAUCUAUCUACAAUUUUAAGACUUUUAAAAAAGUUUCUUUCAGCAAACUUUCAACAACUUUUAUUCGCAGACCUGUCGCACGUGACCUUGUUAAUGGAAAGACCAUAGUGCCGGAAAAAUUCGAUGAAGUAUCGAUUUUCUUUAGCGAUAUCGUCGGUUUUACGUCGUUAUCUUCGGAGAGCACCCCUUUCCAGGUAUGGCAAUAGAAAUGCUUUUUAGGAUUAUGUACAUAGUUAUCGUGAUUGUAUUAGGAUUUUAUGAGCAUGUUCAGAGCAAGUUUCAUGCGCUCAUGGUUCAACUUUUCCUUACAUUAUGUAUACAGCGACCACGAUUUACGAUGAUGUUUAGAAUGAUGCAAAAAAAAAAAAAUGUUAGGAUUCAGCUUUAUAGGCAGAUCUCCUAGGUAAUAGCGGAUCUGCAGCGGAGCCAUUAUCUAAGGAAAUAACUGUAAUGAUCGGCAGGCCUAUUUGAAAAGAACAUUGCUAUUCUGGUGUACGUUCGAAUCAAGUGAGGGCCAGCAACACAGAUGACUUCGGUUCCUCCGUUACACUUGGUUUGAUUUAUAUAUCUAUAAUAAGGCGCUUAUGUAGCGAAUAAAGGCAGAUUUGGUUUCCCGUUGUGAAUUUGCCUUUCUAAUGAUUUUGAAAGCCAGUCUAAAUUGUUUCAUUGACACAAAUAUUGUUUGAAGCUGAUUUCUUGAAAUUUGCCGAAAUUAUUUCAUUUCGUCUCUUUUUGAUCAUUUUUCAGGUUGUGGAACUUUUAAAUGAUUUGUAUACUUUGUUUGAUGACAUCAUCAGUAAUUACGACGUAUAUAAGGUGGGUAUAAAAUAAGCUUCGCAUUACAUGAUGUUCAUUGGUUCUUGAUUAUCGAGUACUGCCCAUUUACUAAAAAAAGAGGACCAAGUUGUUCAAAACCGGCCUACCUACCGAUAUUAACGUGGAAAAAAGCAACAUCAUUUACGAGAUAAAAGGGCACUGAGAUGGAUUUAGAAUGACCAAGAAUGGAGAGAACGGGCGAACUUGAUAAACUUCGCCAUAGUUCUCCAAGAUGAAAAGACAUUGAAUAUCUUUCUUUUCAUCAGCAGCUGCGUUAGUAUUCCUAUGACGAUACUAUGGGAAUAAAACUUUGGGUGGCAGUUAAAAUUGGAAAUAAACUGAGCUCAGCUGCUCCAAAUAUGCCACGUUAAUCUUGCAUUCGUCUUCUUUUCUCGUUCAUGCUCAGGUGGAGACAAUUGGUGACGCUUAUAUGGUAGUUUCAGGACUGCCAAUCCGGAAUGGUCAUCAACACGCCGGGGAAAUAGCAAGCAUGGCUCUGCACAUGCGUAAAGAGAUAUAUAAUUUUAAAAUACAUCACAGGCCUCGUGAACAGUUAAAGCUCAGGAUAGGAAUUCACAGUGGUAAGAGAAAAUCCGUCAAAUUUUGAAUUAAAGUUUGUUCUUAAAAAAACGCUUUGCUCUAAGAACUUACCUCUCUAUCGCGAUUUCAACAUAACUUUGUGCACCGGUUGAUCGAAGUAUGUAUUGUUAACAGUAUGUUUUGUUAACACUUAUCCACUGGAUAGCGAUUUAUCCGAUGGAUAUCCGCACUUUGAACAAACUGGAUCCAGACGCACACACGUCGGAAAGAAUUCUUAGUGGAAAACAAAAUUAACCUGCUUUGGGCGGAGUGAAUAAAGAAAACCUCUUCAAUGCCAAACACUUGGGUGAAACCCAUGACUCAUAGCAAAAGUUAUGAAUAUUCAACUUACAGUUAAAUGAACUACCUAGGCGAAUUUUUAAAACUGAAGUUAUAAAUUAUCCCUCCUUUUGACCAACCAAAGGACCCUUGCUGGUUUUCGCUUAAUUUGAAAAAAAAGAAAGUUAACCCUUUAACUCCCAUGACGAAGAGAGAAAUUCUUCUUACAAUAUCAAUGCAAUAUCAAACAGACAAGUGAGGAGAAUAAAGAAUAAAACUCAAUCAGAGGACUACAAGUUGAUCCAAUACCAAAUUCUCCAAACUAACAUGAUAAGAAUUGUGUGGCUGAGAGUAAGGAAAAUUACUGAUGAGAUCUUGGGAGUGAAUGGGUUAAACUUGAAGAUGCCAUUUGACGUAUUUUAUACUUUUAACUUUUCACCAGCUCAGCAACAGCAGAAUUAAAAAAUAACGCUAUCCAAGUUUAUUAAUCCGGUUAAUUCGAAUAAUAAUAUUACAAACGGUAGAUAAUCGUAAGUCUGAACCAUCAAUUUUUCUGAUCAGGACCUGUUGUUGCGGGUGUGGUCGGUAACACUAUGCCUCGUUACUGUUUGUUUGGUGAUACAGUGAACACUGCCUCUAGAAUGGAAUCCAAUGGAGAAGGUGGGUAUAUUCAUCAUUUUAGGGAUGGUAAAUGAAGUCCUGUAACGCUUAGUCCAUGCAGGAAUAAUUUUGUUGGCUUUGUCAAUGCCUUAUCUAUUUAUUUGUCUGGAUGUAAGGAAGGAGAGUCGAGCACACGGAAUCAAGGCGACAGUUAACCUUUUCUGGAGCAAUAUUGUGGAACGAAAAACUCGUCUUUUUCAACUGCCGUUUUAUGGAAGUCCCAUGUAUCAUACUGCAAAAAGGCGUUUCUGGUGAGAAGUUAGGGGAGAAGCUAGAAUUUUGAAUAUAGUCUGGAAGUCGCAUGGUGUCAGACCCAGACUAUCUAACUAAACUGUCAUGUCGAAAUCCGUGAUUUUUACUGGAUGAAGGCCUUUCAAUUCAGUUUUUUUCAAUACGUUUUGCACUUCUUAAGGUUCGUAGCCCUCCUCUCUGGUUUCAGGCUCCUCGCAUUCCGCUACUAGCGGCGUGUUUGCCCUUAUUUUGAGCUCGCGGUUUGCCAGCUUUUGUUUGUAAUUUGAAUGCCUCAUGGCCUGACCUGAUGGCUCGGGUAUCUUUUCGGUUUACUUAGUAAUAUGAAAACAAAUUGCUUUCAGCUCUUAAGAUUCAUAUCAGUCCGGACGCCAAGAAUCUUCUGGAAUCUCUUGGUGGUUAUCACAUUGAAAGGAGAGGAGAAGUAUUUUUAAAGGUAGCUAUACGUCAAUCUUCUCGCAAAAUCUAAUGUGACUCUAACAAACAGUUACAAUACAAGGCCUUUCUAAAUACCGAAUUUCUCUGAAUGAGGGCCUUCCCCUUAAUUGGUCACUUCCGCUGGGUCAUGUUCUAAAUAUUGAUUUCAUAAUUCAUAGUAAUACGUCUUCCUUAGUGUAAAUACAUGUAUUGUGGUGGGCGGUAGGUUUUGCAGUUCCUUCAGUUCUUAUACCUUCUUCCUCUUCCCCCGAUACGUCGUGUCUUUUUAUAGUUGCCUUAAUCUUUCCGGCUGUACAAUUUCUCCUGUGAUGUCCCUCAGGUUAAUCUGUUUGAUGUGUUCCUGUGUUUUCUAAAUUCAAUUCCUGCAAAUGAUUUUACCUCUUUUCAUUCACAUCACUUCGCGCGCUUAGUCAUGCGAUGUUCGAAAACACUUUUUUUUAGUUAUUGUGUUACUGAAUGAUUCUUUUUGCGUGCAACAGGGCUGGGGUCAGAUGAGGGGUUGAGCAGUUUCUAAGCAACCUAUGCGGGGUUGGUGCAAAUGAGUUUGAGUGUGUGUCCUUCAUUAUUUGUUUGACGUAGUAGUCGGAAAAAUAUUACAAUUUAUGUCUUGACCAUCUCCUCGCCCAAAAAUGGCUUUCCAGUUUUUACGGGAGGAAGUUUGUUACGGAAGAAGGAAAAAAUUUGUCAUCGUCGAAAUAGCUACAUUGCGUACGUGAUCUUAAGGCUACUUCUUAAGGAAAUGGUGAAAGAAUCACGAAAAAAUGAAGAUUAACAAUACUUUUGUAUGCUAUUUUCCCGAAAACCGGCGAGAAUACGAAUUGCACUUAAAUCAUUAAUAUGUGAAUAGGACUAGAUGGUUUUCGUCGCAGAUAAAAGAAAUCUUAUCAGUGUGGAGGGAAGUUGGGAACUAAAACGAAGGGUCCUCUAGGUUUUUUAUCUUUUCAUUCUCGUUCCUUUUUUUUUCACAACUUAAAAACGUACCAUUCAAACAGUCACUCCACUCUGUGAGGCUCCUGUGGUUUGAUGGGAACCCUUCACAAAUGAUUCCUUAUCCUUUUAGGGUAAAGGUACGUGGACAACAUUCUGGCUCGAAGGAUCUGCUACGCCAUUGAGAACGCAUCAUCAUGGACUGAAUAAAGAAAAGCAUACGGCGCCGCUGGUACACAAACAGGAUGAAAAAAACGGCUGGAAAUUAGUGAAGGAUUUACUGCCAAAACUUGCAAAGCAGUCUAAAAACGGAACACUCCCCUCUAUCAAACCGUCUCCUUCGCCCAAGCGUUGCGUCCAGCUGCCGCCAAUAACAUCAUGAGCUUUCAUCAACGACAAUUUGCAGAUAGUCUCUCACGGUCUUUGCAACGAUUUGCCGACGCAGUCCUCUGCUUGUCAGUUCAUUAAUUAUAUUUACAGGAUGUUCAAGGCGGAACUUAGUAAGUAAGAUAAUAUAUAUUUGUUUGGUAGGCGGCUCAGGAUGUCUGGAAGCGAUGCUGGAAUGGACUAAUUCAUGUAUCUCUAAAUGGCGCUACACAUGGCCAUUUGCGAAAGAGAGAAAUAUUUAUUACAAGUGACAAUUUCCUUGAAAACAUUCAACAUGUAAAAAGCCGACAUGUACUUUAUUCGGCUCAGAUGUCACGGACAUGACAUAUACACUUAAGAUUGCUACCAUCAAAAUGAAAUUGUGGUAAACUGAUAUUUUAAAAUAAUCGAGAUUACUCUAGGCAUGAGGGUGACUGCUGUAUGCUUCAUGCUACACAUCAAACGACGGAAACAACUGGGAAAAAUUCAAAAUGCUCUGUGUGUUUUUUUUUCUCUUCGGGAUCCUUAUAUCAUUCGAGAAAAUUCUUAUUAUACUCAGUCAUCAAGGAUCGGCUAAUGUUUACCGUUCAUCAGAGUCUCGUCGAUACACGCAUAAAAAAUACAUAUUAAAAGAUAUGUUUAAGAUACUCUUUUUCUCUUAGUCAAUUCAAAUUUAUGGAAAAGGUGAACAGCUGUGACAGUAAGCAAAUUAACAUUUUUCAAAGGGAACGUUUGGUAUAGGUUUGGUUCCGCUACUAAUCACGUUUAAGCUGCCAUAGAUCUAAGGAAAAAGAAGGAUUUGGUAAGUGAUUGAUCACAAUUGAAGUUAAAACUGGUCGCACUUGAAUUCCAUACUGUCACAAACCGCCGCGGCAAGGCAAAAUUCUUUUGAAUCGCUCCAUUACAGUUAUGUUUGAUAUGGGAAAAAUAAGCUUUUAAUGUAUCAGGGUCGAGAAUGAGAGAUAUCUUAUUUAACUAGGAACAUAUUGUGUAAACCGAAAUUCCAUUAUGCCAAUGCUUUCGAUUUUCUUUCCCUUGAAUUUUUCUCGAUGAUAUAUCAUAUCUUGCUUAUUUUUUUUCUAGAAGUCAGAUGUCUUACAAUAAAUUUCCUAAGCUUUAGUGUUGUUUUUCUUCCUACUUUAAAUCAAACGUUGCGUUUUGUUUUAUUUUAAAAUCCAGGCGGAAUUUAACGCGAAACAAAAUGCGUAGAAUAAAAGAAAUUUAGGUGGUAAAUGAAAUAAUAACUGCCAUCUUUCUUGGUGGAAUCUUAUCAAAAUUGAUAGCUGGGGAAAUACAUUGGCGCCUUGGGUUCGCACAUAAAGCCAUAACUCAUUUAAAUGACGCUUCCUUAUCUCUGUGGAAUAAUUGCUAUCAGUUAUUAUGACCUUAGCACCUUUUAAAUCGUUAAUAUUUCAACUGAGCGACCACAGUAGAGAUACAUCCGUUGUAUUAAUUUUUUUUUACCACUUAAAAUUUCGUUGUUUGCAGUCUGUUCGUCUCUGGUGUUUUUAACAAUCCUAAUUUAGCUCUUUUAUCGACUAUACUUUUUUAAAGUAAGAGUUACCUUCAGAAAUAGUUAAAAAAGGGAGUUUUACACUUAAUUCCCAAAAACUUCACAAAAUCCUGAAUGAUUACUACAAAGUUGUUUUCAGACUAUCGCACAGCGAACAUGAUUACUUUUUUUACUGUUCACGCUAGCUUUGCGGUGCGAUAAAUUUAUCCGGUAAUUUUAAACGACUUACAUAAUUAGUUGUGCAUAAGCUCACAUCAAAACCAUUAGUAAGAGCUAAGUGUUUGCGGUAUUUUAAAUGAUGAAACACGUUGCAUACAAUCUUGUAUUUAUUAAGAAAGAAAAUUAGCUUGUCAUAAGUUAUGAAACAUCCAGUAUUUGUAUAAAUUGUAAUUAAAGGAGGUACUGAUAUUUUUUACCACACGCAUAUUUUUACUGAUGUGUUGUAUUGUAUGUUCACGAUUGAUCCGUGUUCCACGAGUUAUAUGUGAGAUGUAUUUGUAAAUGCAUUUGACUGACGGGGUUCCGUGCUAUCGAGCUAACUGCCCAACAUAGCAACCAAGAGAAAGAAAUUAAUUCAGGUAAAUUAUGAAAUUGCAAGGCUUAAAUAAUCAGCACGGGAUUUGAAAGGGGAAGAAAGGGGGAAAAGAGGUACACUGGAAAUUAGGCCGAGAAUAUUUUGCCAAGAGAAGUCAGCAAAAGAAAUGUAGACGAUAGAGCGAACGAGCUGGCGAAAUUUGGCUGUGAAUAAUUGAUCCUGAAUGGAGAGAUGGAACAAUUUACGAUCUCUUGAGGGUUCUGUUAUAGAGCUUGGUUGGUUGGGGAAAACAAGUUGUUCGGCGGCCUAAGUUGCAUGAAAAACGGACUUGUUUGGUUGACCAGGUCGCUGUAUAGUUAUUCUGCGUUCCCGAUUCCAUCCGGCUUGGGUCUUUUGUUUGUUAUGUAAUCGCAAUCGGUAAAUCGAGGGAAGCUGUUUUAGUGAUAGCUCUGUAAGAAGUAACUUGAAAAUGUGUAAAAACAAAAAUCGUUUGGCCUGCAUAAUUUCCUUCAACACGAAGGAUCUUACCUCACAAUCCUAAUCAUAAUCUUGUUUAAUAGUGAAUAAUAGUGAAAGGGACAAAGAUAAUUGGGUUUGGAAAAAGGUUUACAGAUAUUUCAAAUAACAAACUGAAAAGUUUAAGUUAAAAUUUUUACAGAUUCACAAACUUUAAUGCAGGAAAAACGAUCAGCUCAGCCAACCGGUUCAGCCGAAGGCUCACGGAACUGGGUCCAAAUUAGAAUCAAUUUUGUAAUCAGGCUAGACACUGACAGUUCCUGUUUGCUGAUGGUUUGGCUUUGUGCCAGUAAUGCUAAAGCUGUGUCACAGGAGUUAAAUUCAGAAUGGUUUUCUCGUCCGGUUUUCUUUUACUCCUGUGCUUUGACGAAUUAUUGCACUGCGAGGAGCACAAUCUUCAUUCUGAGCACGUGACUGGUCAAUACGAGGAACUUGCAUUCAUCAAGUACAUUUUGUGGUUUCAACAUUAGAUGAGAAUUCAAUCGCGGCCAAACCACAAAAUUGAGGAAAUUACUGAGUCGAGUGUCCUCGACUUUAAAUUUAACCGAUUGAUCAGAUACUCUAUUUUCGUAUCAUUGAGAAUCAAUCUGCGGUUUCCUGCCCUUUUGCUCUGUUUCUCCAAACCCCGAUCAAUUUUUUAAAAACCUACAUGACGCUUUUUCCGACAAACUCUGUCCUUGUUUGGAUUGCGUCCUUUGAAAUCCGUGUUAAUGUUUGUCAUCUCUCGCCAUAUUGGUUCCUUUUCGGAUUAUUAUCAUUAGCUUGUCGAGGUUUGACUACGCCACAAAAUAAUAAUUUCAAGUUUUUUUGCUUUAUUCAAAGGGUAUUUUAAUUGAUGCUUCAUAUAAAACGGUAUCCAGUCUGCAGCAGUGUUCCAUUUCAGAAACAAUAUUUUUGAUCCUGGCAGGUUCACUCCUUCACUCUUUCCCUGUCUCUUUUAAAUGACUUAAAACUUUUUUUUUCGCUCGAUUGACGAAACAGUCAGAGCGGGGGCCAGAUGCGUGAAUGCUAGAGAAAUUAAGAAAGCAGCCAAAAAGGGAUGGCAGUUGUUGAGUCUUCUCCUUGAAUUUCAAGGUAAAGUUAUGACUUGACAGAAAGGCACAGAGGCCUGUCGCAUUAGGGUUAAAAAAAUAAAAUCGUUUUUCAGACUCAAUCAAUUAUCAUGACAAAACUUUUUUGCGUCGUGCAACUUGCACUGUCACCCUGGUAUAGAAUUUUCACGCGAUCUUCAAACUGUCUAAUUCGUAGAACAUAAAAUUUUCAGGCGAUCUUCAAUAAAACUGUUUAAUUCGUGUUGACGGAAUCAAAUUUCGACUUCGCAAUGUUAAAACAUGUUUACAUAAAUUAUUGUGCAUGAAGGUUCAACGCUCAUUAAUAUGCUAAUAUUGAGUAAAAAACAUUUUCGCUGUUUUUCAUGGUCAUGCAAAUACAUUUUUGGUUAGGUUUGUGAAGAGAAUUUUCUUAAAGCACCUUGAAUUGAGGAGAUCAAAAGGAGGACAAUAGGAACAUUACAGAUCCUUUUUCAGAGCUUGGGUAAAUUGUAUCGUGACGGAAGGAAAAUACUUCAACCGCCCCCUCCCGCCUCCCCAGGGGAUAAAUAGCGACCGGUCCUUGGGUACUCCGACACAUUUUGGUGUUGUCGGAUUGUGCAAUACAUUAGCGCAUGCUUAAAAUAAAACAAAACAAACAAAACAAAAAAAAAAUUAUCACAAGAAUAGCUAAACUCCGGAAAGAUCAGGAUUCUUUCCAGGUACAACAAUGUUUUUUUUUUUUUUUUUUUUUUUUUUUUCAAGUUAAGACGCAAUUCCUUCACGUUCUUUUACUUCUGACCAUCUUUGUUUCCUGACAAAUGGAAGAACAAUCCAAGGUUCAAGUAAUGGACCCUUGGUUCAAGUUCAAUUUCACGAUAAAAACGUUUUCUGGUUUAAGAUAUCUUUUAAGAUCACGAACUUUCAAUUAUUUUGAGGUCAUUAUUUUUUUUAAAGACUUUUGACUAGGACGCGAAAGCACACUUAUCCAAAAUUUAUUUUCACUUUUGUAUGAUUUUCUGUUCUUUUUCAAUAUAUCGUACCUUUUUGUAAUUUCUUAUAUAAUGUUACUUAUAAUGUUAGCGAUUAAAAAAACUCCCUUGAAAUUCAUUUUGAAAGCACAUUUUUCACGUAUUUGUGUAUGCUGUCAGUUUUAUUUUUAGUAUUUAAACAAACAAAACUUCCCCUCGAGUGACUGACCCUCGAUUGAAACCCGUAUUGUAGCCCACGCAUUGCGUGAUAUGCUCUUGGACACACCAAUAAUUGUCACUUAAAUCGCGUAAUUUUAUACUGCACCCUUCAGUUCACGGUUCAGGUCACGAUUGUGACAGCCUCGAUUGCAUGCGUAGGAACGGCAGGGUCCGUGAGGGCAAACGCAAAUCGAUUGUUAAACAUGUGCACACCUAAUUUGCUAUUAUCCCCUUGAAAGUUGCUUUAACAGGGAAGCGUUUCAUCUCAAACAAAUGGAAGGCUUCUAGAAUGAAGGUAAGUUUAAGACAUGUUUAUUUGUGAAUGAAAUUUUGCGUUUCUUGUACCCUAACGCAACAUUCUUUAUAGUAUUCGCCGCCAGCGGUCAAUAUUGGCCAAUUUGCAGAACGGAAUAACUUUGUUUUGUUUUCUUGAGCGUUGUUUUUAUUUAUUUCGCUUUCUUGGUGACAAAUCAGCUAUAUUUUUAUAAAAUGUUAUUACCUCCCUUUGAAAACAGGUUUUUGUAAGCGUAACGAGAUGUGAUUGAAGAGAAGUUAAAAUGUGCUAAGUCGCAUCGAAGAUUUAUCCUGCUAGUGGUUUCUUUCAUCAACGCGGUCGUUCCAGCUCACCUAUACGAUAAGAUUUCGAUUGAUAAUAGCCUAAGGACAGAAGUCUAAUCUCCAGAGCGAUGUCCAUGCGGGUUGUUCUCGCAACUAAAAACAUCCGUCAUUGUGAGUCUUAUUUAUAGUUUCACAUGCGUGCAUAUUAACUUUCAUGCACAGUUUAAUCUGACUGAUCGAUAUCACAAACUGGCUUCUUCUGCAAAUUAUUUCAACUUUUCCAAUCGGAUUUCACAGAAAUCAUUGACAUCAGCUUAAGCGUAAAUUUGUUCGCGUUUAUCUUUAUACAAUCUCCUGACCACCGCUCGAAACUGAAAUACGCACCUUGACAUCGAAAACGUAGAAAAUAAUAAGUAAUAAGUAAUUUAUGAUCCUUGCGACGCCGACGGUCACUCGAACAUAUUUGUAUCAAUCCUGACAAAUUUAGAUCGGUUUCAUAGCAUUUUAAAACGAAUUUGAAGUAGUUAAAUAUGUAUUCACAAGUAUUUUAUUUUUUCCUCUUUGCCAACGUGUUUCAAUGAGCUGGAAUUCAUCACUUACAAUUUGUCUAAAAGGACGCUUUUGAAGCAGUCCGCUUCCUGUAACUUGAUUAAAUUUUUUUGUCAUAUUUAUAAAUACGCUAUUUUUUCGAAGUUUUUGAUAUCAGUAACAUAAAAGAAAAAAAUUUGAAGGCACAAAGUUAUUACAUGUUGUUUUUUCUCAGUGGAGAAAUAAAACGGGACGAUUUCAUGACAAACAGACAAAGUUUGUUGUGAACUUGACCGUGAAAAUGACUUUUUGGUUGAGUAGAAAUUACAUGCGAAAGUUAAAUAUUAUCAUUUAUAUUCUCGACACAAAAAGUGACGGAGAACAUAUUUACAACUUCCGCUGUCUAAAUAAGUGUUUUGAUUAUCUGUACCUAUGAAGAAUCGGUUUACGGAGAAGGUGAACUUUCGAAAGUGUAUAAACCAUCACGUAUUUUUAAGAAGUUAAAUCAAUUCAGCAUACGGACGGUUAUUGAUGACAUCUUCACGGUAUCGAAACCCUUAACUUUUACCUCGACUAAAUGUUAUCAUAAAAACAUUGUAUUUUCAGGGUCAAAUGGUUGAUUAUGACGCAAUAUAUUCAGACGCUUUCUACAUAAAAAAAUUAUUUAAAUGGUAACACUUAACGCUGUAAAAACUCUUUUGGGCAUUUCUGAUAAGCCACCAUAUCCUCAGCUUUGUCGAGAACGCAAGUCAAUAAAUAAAUUUAUUUACAUUUAGCUGUGAAUGGUUCAGCUGAGUGUUAGAUGUAUCCAUAAGGGUUCUGGUGUCAUUCAGGAAGGAUUUGCCACUACUUAUUUCAUUAUAUAUCGACUCAAGAUAUUACAACAAGGAUGAUGUACAUUUAGAUCGACAGCAAAACUUUAUAUUCAACUCGUCUCCCCUCAGCAGCAGCUGCUUACUUGAAAACUUGAAAAAACAAAGACUUAUUAUAGAGAGAUCUGGUGAAGCUUUUGCUAAAUUUAAUAUUUAAUUUCGCUUUCGUUUUUGUCAAAAUAGUGAAUAUACACCGGCGGGGCCGGGCUGCCUUUGUACUUUGAAGUACUUCUGAUCAACGGAUUUCACAGAUCAGCGACAAUAAUAAUCUUUCAAAAGACAGAGGUUACUAUUCAUUGCUUAAGUCUCGCGAAAGUUUCAAGAAAACCAAAACGUGAUUACUCGACAGUGAAUAUUUUACCGGAAUAGUGGGCGGAAAUCGCUUACGCUUGGUGUGAGAAAAAUUCCAACACAACUCUAAGUCAUCAAAUAAAAACUCUAAAUUUAAUCCUGUUUUUUCUGAUCCUGAGGAUUAAUCUUGUGUGGAGAAAUGAGACAGACUCUAAUUUUAUUUUUCUUGAACGUAGGUAAACUUAUCUGAAUUUUCGGGACUGAAAAAGUCACCGCUGUGGGAAUUUUUUGAUCUUGCGGAGUGGAAAAGGAAGAGGUGACAAAUGCGGGGGGCGGAAGAGGUAUGGAAAGUUCCCCUCCUGAAAAUUUCAAAUUGUUGUUAUUUUUCUUUCAAUUUCUCGUGAGUGGAAGAUUUAGUACACCCAGCGUACUCUUCAUGGGAGAUAUUGAAUGCGAGGGCUGGUCAACUCGAAUUACGUUUGACAAAGCCUUGAUUCGUCCCUUGAUUCGCCCCGUCUGCAGAGCAUAGCGGAACUCGACGAGAUCUAAAGCGUGCCGAGGCGAUUCUGAUAAGAGAAAAGAGAAAAAAAAAAUUGGCUCGAGCAUCUGCCAUACUCUUCAGACAGAUUCAGACGCCGGUUUAAAUGUGCAGUCUUGCAAAAGUAACGUGUAAGUCAUGCGAUGCGGGUCAUGUGAAGUUCUGUGUACGAACCAUAGCCGUUGGACUUAUUCGCUCUUCCCGAAAGAGCUAAUCCUAAUAAUCUUGUCGAUUGCACUUGGUAGAAAAAGCCGGAAAAACAUCUUACAUCGAGUACGAAACGCUGGAGAAGUGAUCUGUUUUUGUCACCAUUUCUUUGCGCACGUUUGUUUUCUCAGCUGCUCCUGUUUCUCAAGUACCUCAUUUUAUUAGCAAGUCAUUAAAAUGACCAUCACUAGGCUGAUGACAGGUCCUUAGUGACUGACACUUACAGCGUGCUACACACAGCUUAUACUUCUGUUGCCAGCUUUUGAAAUGACUUUUUACACGGUUAAUGGGAUACGACAUCGCCUAGAUCUUCGGGAAAACAAGGAUCCUUUCUAUUUUUAAUAUUUUUGCGACUAAGAACGAUUGCGUUGAUAGAGAAAAGUGAAAUAUAUAUUUUGUUUUGCUUGCGAAAAAAAUGAAAAUGAUCCGUCGUUAUCAGACUUAUUAAGAAACAGCCUUGUUAUCAUUCAAAUGUCACUUUCUGUGUUUGUAGAAAGAAUAGCGUGACAUUCCUAUCUUCUCGUUGUGUGUCUAGUCGUUUCGUUUCGUUUCGAAAAUAGAACAUGCCCUUGAAAAAUAAUCGUAUAACAUCCACUGUUGACUGUUCUUGCCUGACCCCGUUGAUUGAUGAUGACUUAGUUCGCCCAAAGUAAUACUUGUAAGGCUUACGUAUGUUUAUUUUGUUGCUAUUUUGCGGUUUCGUGUUUGACAAAGAAAUGCAUCCUUUGCAUACAAACACAAAUUUAAUUUCGUGUAGCUCAUGAAUUUUUCGAAGUCGACAAUGCUACCAAUGAUACCGACGUAGGAUUUUUUGUUUUUUUUGUGUAUGUAAAAUUAUAACUUAUGUUUUGGAUUGUAUAAUUGUGUAACUGGUGUGCUACUGUCUGCUUUCCCAUCAAGAUAUCCUCACACAUGCGUGAAAGAAACUUUAACUGAACGUCAGAAACUGAUCUGAUACUAUCGCCUGGAGCAAUUUCCAAACGUUCAACGAAGAAACAGGCCGCAGAUUACCAUGAAGAUAUUAUUUCGAUGUUUUCACCUGUUUCUUUUCACUCUUGCCGUCACAUCUCCGGUAUGUGGAGAUAAUUUUACCCUGGGUUUGCUUUUACCCUAUGAUGAAUCACAUGCUCCUGCCGUGGGAAAACUGUUCGCUCCCGCCAUUGUAACCGCCGUGGAUGACAUCAAUAACUCAUCUGAUCUUCUCUCCGGCCACCAUCUGUCUUAUAUCUGGACUGAUACCAAGUGCAACGAAGAUACGUCUCUGCAUGCAAUGGCUAAUCAGAUUCACGAGAAGAAGGUGUCCGCCAUUAUAGGUCCUGGAUGUACUUGCCAAUAUGAAGCGAGAUAUGCCAGCGUACAGGACGUCGCAAUGAUAUCAUACGUGAGUCUUGUUAAGUGACUUUGGGCUCGUUGUUCGAAGGGCCAGGUAACUUAACGGGCCCGUAAAGCUAUUCUGUUUUUAUUCAAGAUAGCGGUUUCAAAAGUUUUGAAAUUCUACAAAUUAACCAUCGGCUAAAGGAACAAAUUAUACUUGUUAGGGUGACAGAACCAGCUGCUCUUUUGCUGUAAAUUUUGACUUUAAAAUUUGGCUUCGGGUCCGCAAAGUUACUGAGACUUUCGAGAAACGUGCCACUUUACACUCUGAGCUUUUUGUAGGGUCCUUAAAAAAAUUGGCAAAAUGUUGAGAUCGGGGAGAAUAUUAUAGAUUACAAACAGCAAGCUUUUAAAAUUGAGAUAAUCAAUGUGAAAAUUCUUCUUUCAAUCUUAAUAUACUGUCAAGCAGAAAUGUAAUGACAAUCGAUGAACUUACAUCAUUAAGGGAAAACUGAAGGGAAAUUUUGUUACAUAAAAUGAAUAGUCAAGAAAUUUUGAAAACUUAGCUUUCGCAUUUUGGGAGUGGAGGGGUAAGUUAACUAUGUAACCUUUCUCCCGAGCAGAUGUGCAGAGAUCCGCUGACUAAAAAGGAAGAUUACGCAACAUUUGCAGAGACGUUUAUCCAGGUGGAGGUGCAUAAACUAUCGAGAGGCCUCAUUAAAAUGUUCCAAAAGUUCAACUGGUCAGAAGUGGCCAUAUUGUAUGAAAACAUUACCAGUUAUAUCAGGAUGAAAGAAGUCGUGGAGCGCGAGUUUAAUUCUAACAAUAUCAAAGUGCUUAUGGAUAGAGAGCUUCUUGCUAAUCAAUGCUACAAUCAUGUGAAGAACAACCGUUUAAGUAUUUGUGAUCCACCCACAUCGGUGACGAAUGUAAGCGAUUACAUGGGAAAUAUGUUCAAAGAACUGAAGGACAAAUGUAGAGGUAUGUAUACAGUAUCUUUCGCUUUAACCCUUUCAACAAAAUUUCUCUUCACAAUAUCCUUACAAUAUCAAGUACACAAGUGAUGAGAAUAAAGAAAAAUAUCAUUUAGGGGAUUAUUAGUUGAUCGAAUACCAAGUUCUCCGAACUAAUAUCAUAAGAAUUGUAUGGCAGACUAUAGCGAGAAUUACUGAUGAGAUCUUGGAAGGGUAAUGGUUAAGGACCCGUCAAUAUUUAUCACGGGGGGGGGGGGGGGUGGGGUUGGGUGGAAGAAUUUUGGUUUUAUUACGAUAAAAUUUACCUGAUCUCCAAAAAGGCUGGUAAUUAUUUUGUAAUUAAUUUUCUUUGCUCUCCCCGCAACCCGCAACCCGCAACCCGCAACCCCAACCCCCGACUAUAAAAUGGUAUCGAGGAACUGUCAGGGGAGGCCAGGCGAAAUGUUAGAGAAGCAUGAUCGACUGGGCUGAUGUUCUGAGUUUUUCUCGGUUUCUAUUGAUUUUCUUUCUCUUGCAGUUGUACUUUACUUGAGUGAAUAUUCAGUGGCCCGUCAGACGCUUGAGUACGCGUAUAAUCAGGGUAUGACACAAGGCGACUAUGCAUUCGUCAUGCUACAACUUGAACUUGAACAGUUCAAGCGUAACAUGGACAAGCCAGGACAAAUAUAUCUGCUUAUGGAUUUGGAUCCAGACAAAACAUGUGAUUAUUAUCAAGCCCUGGAGUCGGUGGUAUUGGUGGAGGUUCAGAGUAAAUUACCAGAUGAGAAGAAGUCGUAUAAAGCGUUUGAAAAGAAAGUCAAAGAAAAAUAUGACAGUUUCAAGACAAACUUAACAGCGAGCAUCAAGGAGGCAGGGUUUAAGGUAAGUUUUAUAGUCAAUGAACUAGGGGGCGUGGGGGUAGGGGACAUGGUGGGAGAGAAUUGUAUUUAGCAUAAUUUUAUGGGUCAAAGAAUAUGUUUGGUUGUAGUUACACUGGUCUUUGGGUCUCCUGGUACAGAAAGUGGGAUACAUCUCAGUAGAUGGGUCGCUUACUUCGUGUACAGACUUUACACACUUAAUCAUAUACUUCUGCGCGUUAGGAUGUGGAGGGAGUGUUUUUAUCAUUGAUUUCAUUUAGCCGGAUAUUUUUGUGCAUGGCAGCUCAAUCCUCCAAACUGCGACUCUUCUGGUCUUCAUGGCGAGUGGGAAAAAGACACAAUGUGGCGCCAAUCAAUAAUUUGGUGGCUUAUGUUGGGCGGUCAUUUGGCAAACUCCCCGCUCCAAGAAGUUCCAUUGCAUUCACUGCUUCUUGUAACAUUUUGUGUUUACAGAUAGAUGCACCGCUGUCAUUUUACGCCUAUUAUUUGUAUGACGCUGUUUAUCAAUAUGCCAAAGCAUUGAAUAAAACUUUGGCAAGGGGUAAGAAUGGAACAGGACGAAAUGUCAUUCGCAACCUACUAAACUCUACUUACGAGAGUGAGUAUGCUUGGUUUAUUUUUUAACCUGCUGUUGGAAAUCUCUAAUGUAAAAACGCACCUUAUGACAUAUAUGAGCCGGUCGCAACGUAAAGGGAUAAGCAAAACUUUCUCUCAUACUUUUUGCCUUUUGUUGGGGAAACCUGUCGCAAUGUAGAGGCAGGGAAGAGGGGGUUAUCUGUCAUGGACUAGUAUCCCGUGCUCAAAGGAUAAGAAAAACUGCCACUCGCUUCGUACUGUACGCUUUUGUUGUGGGAAACCGGAAACCUGUCGCAAUGGUGAGGCAGAGGGAGGGGGAAGGGGACUAAUAUCCCACCCUUGGGGGAUAAGCCAAACUCCUAUUCACUUCAUACUUUCCGAUUUUUGUUGGGGAAACCUGUUGCAAUGUAGAGGCGGAGGGGGGAGAGGGGGGGCUAAGCCGUAUAAGCCAAACUCCCAUUCACUUCAUUUGCCGGGAGUAUGCCAGAGCUUUUCAGCCUUAUGGCGGGAAAGCUGACUUUUCCUCAAUCUUUACGGAUAGACAAGGGUCCCAAGCAUUGACUGAAUUUUUUCUUUAACGAAACAGGCAAGUUAGGUCCCAGCGUGUUCAUUAACGAGAAUGGAUCAGCCGACGUUGUAAAUCUCCGCAUUGUGGAUAUUCGUUGGAAAAAAUCUGUUGCUCACGCAAAUGGUAAGUGUCUAUCAUUUUUUAACGUAACCGAAGGCAUAUGGUGGCACAACAUAUUUGAUGUCGAUGAUAGAUCUCCCUAGAGAUCUGGUCCUAUUAUGUCGACAUCCUCAGAUGGGAAUAAGACAAGGGACUGGCUGGUUUUCUGGAUAAUUUCUUGACCACAAAAAAAAAAUUGACCUGUCAUGGUUAUCGUCACUCACUUUUGACUAAUUAAUAAUUGAAAGUCCAAAAUCAUUCAACUUUGUCUGCACCAGUGUUGAGUGAUCGUUAUGAAGGUUUCAUAUUCCGAGAAACUAUAAAGAGCUUCUCAUCCCUAUUUACAUCUAUUUAAAUCAGCAACGGUCGGAAUUGCCUUUUUAGCGGACCAGUUCGGCCUUCUUCAGUAAGUAGACAUCGCGGGCGCUUAUUUGGGCAAAAUUCCUUUCGGAGCUUCUGAACUGGUGGAUAUUGAUGGAUAUAAAUUACUAGACUUUUUUGUUUUACUACACAGACUGCCUCUCUGGCAGUAAUGGCCCCAGUGCAACGCAAUUAGGACUAAUAACAUUUGAUCAAGAGAACACUCAGAUCAAUGUGAGCACGGAAGAUUUUCAGUGGCCAAAUGGUGCAAAAAUACCUCUGUCAAAACCAAAGUGUGGGUUUGAUGGUCUGUUAUGUGUUACUUCUACACCUUCCACACUUAACACAGCGAAAGAAGAUCGCCAAGAUGAUGGAAAAAUUGGUAAGUUUUGCGCUGAAGGUGGAAAGUAUCUUGUUUUUGUAACGUUCUUUUUCUUCAGAUAUUAAAAAUUUCGGAAGCUUUUUAAACACCGUGACUUAUUGGCUUGUAUGUUCUUUUGUAACUCAUGUGAGACAACUUGGUUCUGACAGGCUGAAAUUACGCCACCUAGUCAUUACAACGUUCACACAUGUGCAGAAGUUUGACCGCUCUGUUGAGGUGAUCUGCUCUGAACUGGCAUCUGAGUAGUUCAGGCCAUGUUAACCAUUGAGACUUUGAUCCUCCCAAUAGCAAUGAACCUUUAAGAUUUGGUGUCGAGUGUUUGAUUAAGUAUAUAUUUGUCUCCUCAGGAGACAGUUUCAAUUUUGAAUCUCUUUAUUUACGCCAUUUGGUGUUCAUGAAGAAACUGUCACCAUUUGAAAUUCGCUGACACUCGAGCUUUCGGUGUGUGAGUAAUUCGUCAUAUGUUUUAUUUUAGGUGCUAUUAUUGGAGGAGUUUCAGCGUUUGCAGGCAUCACUUGUAUCAUACUCCUCGUCAAUGUCAUCAGGUAAAGGCAUUCUUUUUUUGCUCGCUUCUUCCGUUUUUUUUUUCGUUGGAGUUAAAGGUAUCAUGAGCGGUUUUAAACGUGAAGCUAAAUAGCCGCUUAUUGGUUGAGAGCUUCGGUUGAUAAGACAGCAGACAAUGUUACGUCACACACGUGUGUUUUGACAUGAAACCACACUGCUGCAUCUCGUUAAUUUUAUAAGAGUGAAAUAUCCUAGUAUACCUUAAAUGCUAGUAAGAUCAUAACAAGGUUAGGGUACAACCUCUUUUGUUUUCUCAUGAUGUUAGGAAUCCUAAGACAGUGAUUUUCCGAUAUGUUUAAGCAACACUCUCCGGUUGCUUUUUUCAUUCCACAGACAAUACAUGUUAAAAAAAGAGAUGGACAGUUUAUUGUGGAAAAUGAAUUACAAAGACAUUCGUUGGGUGCAGACGUCUUCCAGCGUUAGUUCUGACAUGGCUGAAGUAAGUGUGAAAUUAAAUCUCCUUGAAACUCGUCUCGAUGCUUCAACCGAGAUCUUUUGCAGGCCCUGGAUAAAUAUUAUUAUUAUCAGUAUUUUAACUAUGCUAUUGUAAACUACAGAUAUCGAGACUAGUUCCGGCCUUGUAAGUCACUUGGCCUAUGUGCUGAAGCUGUUUUAUUUACUGUUUGCCAAGGAGUGAACUUCACAGCAGAUUCAAAUUUGUUUACAAAUUCAAGUGCUCUAAGGGGUAACAAUUUUGAAAACAUUUAUUGGUUUCACUGGAUUUAUUUUCAGUCAAUUAUUUUUGUAACAAAACCGUGGACCCAUGCGACUCUUGAGAAGAAAGACACGAGAUAUUUGCUCUAAAAUUAAGAUUUAUGUUAGCUUCAAACUCCCUUUCUCAAAUUUAUGAGUUUGAAACUGCUUAAACAAUGAUAAAGCUUGUGCGUUGUUCAUUACAGGAAGAAAAUUCGCUUUCAAUGUCUCGUAGAACAAGCAACCAAUAUACUUUUACGAACUUUGGAUUUUAUAAGGUGAGUGAGUGUCUUAUGAACUAAAGACGGUAGAUGUGUAACGUGAAAUGGGUACAUAGCUUGGUAACCAUAUUGGAUGGUGUUUCUGAGGAGAGGAUGAUGCUAUGUAAUUGACAAUUGGACCAAAACUAAACAGACAGUAAAAAAAUGGCUUAUAAGAAGAAUGUUUGAGAUAGAAGGAUGUAUACUCCUUACAAGCAUAUAACUAAAAAGAAAAUCUCACUUUGUUUGUAGGAAAAUAAAGUGACCGUGAAGCAGAUUGGAACCAAGACGAUUGAUUUAACAAAAUCUAUUCUCUUAGAACUGAAACAGGUAACAAAGACAGAGUGCUAAAUGAAAAUCGCAUUACGAUCUUUGUGAAAGUCGCAAAUCACCAUAUAAUGGAUGAGUGUUAAAAAACAUGAGAUCAGUUUUAGCUUUACUGGGUUUAGCCGGUUUUACCCUUAAACCCUAAGAAUGUCUAGCUUCAGACUUCCACGGCAAAAAAAUUUCCUUUUUCGCCUACAAUUUUAUCAAAUGGUGAGUUCAAGGAAAAUGUCUUAACGUUCAAAUUUCGUUUUCCUAUUGUGGAGAACGCUCGGCAUAUUCGGUAUACACUGUAAGCAAACAUAAGAAAAAAACAUGGCGUUCAUAGCUGGUUUGCCAGAGCCUGGAAACUCCUCUGGUCAGUCUGUUUUCCCUAAAACUUUUUCAACGAUUAACCAGCGUGAGUUGUCACGUUACAAGUAUUUUCCUGAAGUGUUUUUCCUGUUUUCCAUGCUCCUCUCGGUAUCACUCUUGACUGAGUCAACUAUAAAGGCCAUGACAUAGAGGGAGUGAUCAUCAGUUUAACAAUCACGUGACUGUUAAAUAAAUUCUCUUUGUCAUUACCACAUGAAAUGUAGAGAGAACAGUGUGAAACAUAUGAAUAUUUAUGUCACGGUGUAAAGGGUUAAGUACCAUUCGAACAAACGAGGCCUGUCGUACUCGAACUGUUGAAGCUAAAACGAGAAUUGCAUGAUGGAGGCUGGUGACGAUAUCGUUUCAAAAGAGGUAUGGAAGAAAAGAAGUGAGGAAUGAACGAGUGAUAAUCAAAAUAAUGGAAAAAACAACGAACAAACGAGAGAAUUAGGUGAAUAUGUGAGAGUCCGAACCAAUGAAUCUAUGAACUUGAACAAUUAAAUGAAUUCUGAUGAACAAUUUUGCCUUUUUCAGAUACGCGACUUUCGUCACGAAAAUUUCGCCCAGUUUUGUGGAGCCACUGUUGAUUCACCUUACAUCUGCAUUGUUUUUGCCUUCCUUCCCAGAACCCUUAAGGUAACAGUCUUGUUCGAUAAGAUGAUCCGACUAUCAAUGAAGAACUUCUUAAGGAAAACGUUUUAGGACUUGAAACCAAGGGCGUGAAACUGUUUUUUCUCAGCAGUAUAUCACAAUUAAAAUACGUUAAUUCAGUUGAAAUCAUUUUUAGGAUGAAGCUGGCUAUGAAACCAAAUUAGGUAUGACAUGCGUGAGGGUAUAUCUAAAGGGAGAGAUUAUUUCACGAGAAAUGAACAAAAUUGUGUUUUUUGGACCAAGUGUUUUCAACGGAGAAAGAAGUGUUGCUUAAGCGGGUCAUCGAUAGAAUCGAUGAUUUUGUAAGUUAUUCGCUUCGAGAUAGAUUGACCCCCUUUUCUUUUGAAUUAUCGCAUUUUCUUUAUAUCAUGUUAUCUUCUUUUUCCAACCAUAGGAUUUUCUGGCUUGUUCAGACGUGAAGCUGGAUAAAACAUUUAUUUCGUCUUUAGUCACAGACAUUGUUAAGGUGGGUGAUCAAAAUGCGGAUCCUUUCGCAAAAUGGCGCGGUUUUUUAGUAGCUAAUGAUUAAAGAUAACAAUAACGGUUGUGUGAAUUGCCUUGAACCUUCCCUCUGACAGGUCAGGUUUCAUGGGAUUCUUUGACUUGGCGUCACAUGUGGGCUUAGUUUGGUGUUAGUUCGUUUGGUCUUUUCUUGCCUUUAUUUAAAAAUUUCAUCUGAAAUUCUGAUUCGAACGUGAGCAGUGGAGGGAACGAAAAGCGUUUUCAUGGAUGUUCUUCUGUUCAGCAGUGUGCUGGGUUCAAGGAACUGAAUAGAGGGCCGAUCCUGCGUCUAAGGCCGUUGAAAAUUUUGCUGAAAAGACUCCUUCGCGUUAAAUAAUGGAAGAACUUGUGCGAUGGUGUAAAAAGCUGUGUGGUAAAGAUUGGCAUACCCACUUGACGGCGCGUUAGCCAACCUCAUGCGAAAAAGUCAAGUCAUCCUUACGCUGGGAUUCAAAAGCAUCAUUUUGGUGAUUUAAAACGGCGUUUAAUGUGAAAGGGGAGAAAAAUUGAACAAAAUCGAAGGAUUGCAUAUCAGCAUGUUGCGAAGUUUGAUCCUCACAAUAACAACGGUUAAUGCUUGGCCCCGAUGCUUAGUUGCAGACCAAACUUGGAUAGCUUUAGAAUGGUGUCAUAAUUUAUUAUUUAUUUACCUUGACGGUGUUUUUUAUGUUUCUUUCGUCAGGGUAUGGCCUAUCUUCAUUCGUCAGAUCUCAAGUACCAUGGUAACCUAAAAUCUUCCAACUGCCUGAUAGACAGUCGGUGGACGCUGAAAAUUUCUGAUUAUGGCCUCACUAUGUUGAGAUCAAAGUGUAAUUUAAGUGCAAAGACGAGCAGCGAAGGUAAACUAAACUAAACAAUCGCGAUUUCAAUGUUGAAAAGUAGACCAAACAAAUCAAAACAACAACAACAACAACAAAAGAAAUAAAAUUACUCCAAACGUUUCAUUAACACUUUGAUAACGAUAUCGUAAUUUUUUAUUCUUAUCUAUUCCAUCCAGAUUUACUUUGGACAGCACCGGAGCUACUCCGUAAACGUUUCAGUUUUCCUAACAGUGCUUCUCAUAAGAGAAACAGGAAAUAUGUCAAUAUUCAGAAGGCCGAUGUGUACAGCUUUGCUAUCAUUCUUCAAGAGUUUCACACCAGGAAAGGACCAUUUAGCAAUAACAGGAACCUCUGCGCGAAAGGUAGACAGCUAACAAAACAUAGAACCUUGUGAAAAUCAGGGAUCUUAGAUCCUGUUUACCAAGCACUCGUGAAGAACGUACCGGUAGACCGUGGGUGAAGAGAACAGACGUGCAUGCAAGACAGGCGCAUUAGACAGGAAAAAUUUAGUUAUUUUGGUUUGCGUAUCAGUGUUUUUUCCUUUAAUCUCCAAAUCUUUGACAGUUACAUGUAUGACGAGGAUGGUAACAAACCUUUUGUCUGUCUUAUUAAGAAAUUGUAGGGAGAAUCACAGAACCCGAAGUUCCCAUAUUUCGCCCUUCUGUGCUUAAUUUUAUUGAAGAAUUGGACGAACUCAGGGAUCUGAUGAAAAACUGUUGGGAGGAAGAUCCUGAUAGCAGACCAGACUUCACCGAGAUCAAGAAAAGAAUAAACAGGAUUCUGGUCAAUAAAGGAAUGUGAGUGAAUCAAAAUUAAUGAAGGCAGAUCGCACUAGUAGGAAUCGUAACAAUAUUUAUGUUGGGAAAGCUGACAAAUUCCAUUAAAAUGUGUUCACAUUACUAGAAAACUUUUAACUUCAAUUCUUCAUUCUGGUCGAAACUAAAACAGACUCUUUAAACACGAAUUUUCUUGUUAGAGCCUUCAAAUUUCACUUUUUCAAAACUCCAAGGGAAUACCAUUAAGCAGGCACUUAGUCCUUGUGAAGACGAAAGGUUUAUGAGAACAUGAAAAACAUUACCAUAGCACCUGAUACUGUUUAAUUUGAUUGAUACUGAUUUUUCGGAACUAACAUUGUCGGAAAUAUUCAGCCGACAGUAAGAAGAAUUCAUUCCUUUUCUUUUGCAGUAAAACUAACAUUUUCGACAGCAUGAUUUACAUGAUGGAGAACUAUGCCAACAAUCUUGAGGAUAUUGUGACUGAAAGAACAAGUCAAUUAAUAGAGGCAAAGAGAGAAACAGAAGAACUUCUUUACAAAAUAUUUCCAAGGUAUUGUUUAAUUUGAUUGUUUGUGAGCUUGACGCGCGCAGUCGUCUCCUUCAAAUUACCAGUCACCUCGUCGUCUCAACAAAGUGAGGUUCACUUCGUCUCCUACAACAUUGCUUUCACUCAGCACGUUCUAUGUCCGUUACUGUCAUGCGGACGCCUCAGACAACACGCCUCAGUUCGGAGGACUAUCUGUCCAUAUCCUAACUGGAUUUGAUUCCAAAGCUUGGACCAAGAGCCCCCCUCACCCCGCCCCCCUUCCCUCUUCACUUAUUUCCUCCUGAUCGCACUGAGGAUGUCAUGAUUAUGUUUUUCUUCCAGACCAGUUGCAGAACAACUCAUUAAGGGAAAACAAGUCGAGGCCGAAAACUUUGACGAAGUGUCCAUCUAUUUCAGUGACAUCGUAGGAUUUACAAUCCUCUCUUCUGAGAGUUCGCCAAUGCAGGUAUGCUGACAGCGUUUGAUUCACCUGUUUGCUGACAGCACUUAUCAAGAUAGGUGAGCCUGAUACAAAGGUGGAUUUUGAGAAGAUCAAAUUGAGAUGCGCGCACUGAAUGGUACUAAUGUUACAUGAAAAAUCUGAUGCUAAAGGAGCCAGAGAGAUGUUACAUCUUGUACUGAGGGUGUCUCCAUCAAUCUUGUACAUAGUGUUCAGUAUUAUCUGAACUAUUAGUUUGUUUUUAUAUUCCUUAUUACUCUUAUUAUUAUUGUUUGACAUUUAUUCGCCGAGGGCGAAUUAAACUUUGGUGAAUAAUCCCCAAGGGGAUUUUUCACAAAUACUCCCUAAGCCUGAGGCGAGUAAUUGUUUUAACAUAGGUGCUUUCGAAUUCUGUUGUCACUUGUUAUCACCUAUUCUUUUAAGCACCGCGCGCGGGGUUAUUAUGGGGAGACAUGACGCAAACCUCGACCAAUCAGAGCACGUGCAUCUCUAUAAUCAUCGAGGCAAUCAUGAUAAAGUGUUAAUUCUCUUUUUUCUUUUUGCUCGACGUAACGGCGACAACACGAAGCCAAAGUGAUGCUGAUUUCAGCAGCCGGAGAAAUUUCGAAAUUUACCAAUUGCUGUUUGCCAUAGACAUAAUUUUACGUUCCGAUGCGGAACUUGAGAGAGAAUGAUGGAGGGCACUCUGCUGACAAAUUAAUGUAACUUGCCCAAUUUCAUUUAUGGUACUGGAGUUCAUCGUUAUUCUUUUUCAGGUCGUUACUCUUCUUAAUGAUCUCUACACAUUAUUUGAUGACAUUAUAAGUGAAUACCGUGUAUAUAAGGUAAGCUUAGUACUUGAUUGAAAAUCCGGAAGCAUAUAGAAACCAUUCAUGCUAAUGUAAAAUAGCGCCUGGAAACCUCAUCGUACACUCAUCGUUGUUUCCUCGAUUGAGUUCAUUAAAGACCCAAACCAAAUAUCAGGACGGCCAAUCAUAUUUUCGGGAAAUAUCGCAACGAGCCAAUAAGAAGUCAAGGUAAACACAAACAAACUGCCUUUCAGCGCGGGAAAAGGCAAGAGGCCGAGUUAGGAUUGAUUUUAGUAUUGCAGCUGAUUCGCUACAAGGGUAGCCUGACUGAGUGUUCCUGAUUAAUCUUAUAGUUGACUCAAAAUUUAAAGAAUUAACUAUGUGAUUUUGUCCUUUCCUUUUUUUAGGUUGAGACCAUCGGUGACGCUUACAUGGUGGUUUCCGGUCUUCCGAUAAAAAAUGGGCACGAUCAUGCGGGUGAAAUAUCCCGGAUGGCUUUGCACCUAUUGGACUCAGUCAAGGAAGAGUUCGUCGUCCGUCAUAAGCCUGGGUACAAACUACAGCUUCGUAUUGGUAUUCACAGUGGUGAGUGACAAGGAUUUCCUUAUUCUGUUCAUUCUACCUUAUAUGCGCUAUUACAUACGCCCAUCACUGAUUUCUUUUUUUUCUGUUACAUUUCAACGACCUAAGUUCUCCAUUUUGUAACUUAUAUCUACUUCUUGUCCACAGGUCCUGUUGUUGCUGGAGUGGUUGGAAGCGCUAUGCCUCGUUACUGUCUCUUUGGCGACACGGUGAACACUGCAUCCAGAAUGGAGUCCAAUGGAGAAGGUUAAGGCAAUAGUAGUAGUACCAGUACCUCUGGUUGCCGCGCGCGAGGGGAAAGACCGGGGUGGGAUUGGGGUUAAUUAAGAGCUCCUAUUCACCCAGCGGGGAAAAAAGGAAAACAAAUCUGUGGCGAGAUGGGAAACAUUGGGGUGGGGUCGCGGUUAACAAAGUGCUCUUACUCACUAAGCGGGAGGGUAAAGUGAAGAAAAAGUCUAUGGCGAGAGGGGAAAGGGUCGGGUGGGGUCUGGGUUGACAAAGUGCCCCAACCCAUCAAGCGGAAGGAUAAAAUGAAAAAAUCUGUGGUGAGGAGGGAAAGAGUGGGAUGGGAUGUGGGUUAACAAAGUGACCCUACUCACCAAGUGGGAAGAAAAAAUGAGAAAAAAUUUUUGCGACCUGGGACACGCUUUAACUAUGGAUCAAAAAGAUCUGGGUUCGAUCGUUGUUUUCCUUUUGGUUAUUUGGCUUUUCUCCUAAUAUUUCCGAUUCGUUCUGAAAAUAUUGGAUGGAGAUUCACCACGUGGGCGUUCUGUUGCCAAAAUCCAGUCUGUGUGUGAUAAAUUUUUUAUUUUAUAUUGAACUUUUUAAUGCUCUGGACGUUAUAGGUUACUAGCGAUAGACCCGCUAGACUAAUAGUGUUGUUCCCUUUCUUGUUUAGCCGGAAUGAUACAUAUCAGCGAAGCAACAAAGAAUAUUCUUGAAAUUCUUGGAGGAUUUACGAUCAAGCGCAGAGGAGAAGUGCACUUGAAGGUACACAUUUAUUCAAAUAAAGAAAUGAUGUAUGAUCUAAGUAAGUGAGCUAAAAUUUAGGCAGAUACAGAUAAGAAGCCUGUAUAAACAAAUUCAGGCCUCAACGGAAUUCGAACCGAAUGCUUCUCAGAAACUAGUUAGAGGCCACUACUAACUACUAAGCCGUCAAGAUGCACUCUAGAAAGUCUCAAUAGGGUUAACUUUUAGCCGUUAAACGGCCAAAAAAAAUGUCGUCAGGCUUAAAAACUGAUCAAUUUUAACCGUUAGUUGUAAAAAAAAGUUAACCGUAACAUUUUUUCUUUCAAUCACAAAUGAAGGAAGUUAGCUGUAAAAUCGUUAGCCGUAGAAUUGCCAAAAUUUUGGCCGUUAGCCGUAAAAGCCAUCACUCCGUUGAGAUCCUCACUCUAGUUUUGCCCGUCCAAGUUGACUUUGCUUUUUGUUGUUUUUCUUGUGAAAGGGAAAAGGAGAGGUCACAACAUACUGGUUGAUGGAACAUAAGCAUACAAGACAGCCAGUCUCUCCAAAAAGACCGCGUCCAAAGAGACAUUUUUUCAAUAGUACCAACGAUGGCGGAGGAUUGAAACCUUCCUGUAUUACGCGCUCGUCGUCGUUACGAAGGUCACUCAAAUGUGCGUCUGAAAACCCAAUGACAAAAAUUCCAAUUCAGGUUGUUGUUGGUAACGGUAACAAUCGGGAAAAAAGGAAAGAAAGUACGCACUCUAUUACAAGUGUGUAAGGAAUCUGGGAAGGUAUUCGUGUGUCUGCACGUGUGAUCAGUGUUGCCCCAACUUUCAAGUUAGAAAUUGUUGGUAACUAUCCGGUUAAGAGAUGUCUUUUUGUCUGUAUUUCAUGGUGCAUACCCAGUUCACUCGAGUGGCCUAAGCAUGUGGCUUGGAGGAGCCUGAGAUCAGCUUUAUAAUUGAAAUACGCCAUUAAGAGGUGCUGGUCUGCGCCAAAAGAAUUUGCGUGAUACUGCUACUGAUGGUUUCUGAGAAUACAGGAUUCUGUCAAACGCAACAAACUCUUCAAAACAUGACAGGAGGGGCUUUCCCCUUGCGCUCACAAAAGGCAUAACAAGGCAAUCACGUGUAGUUUAGGACAUUACUUUGUUUGAUUUUAUACAAGUCUCCAAAUCUUCUUUAAUAGCUGUGAAUCUGGUUGCCCUGCCGUUGUGAGAAAGGAUUGCGUUACAAGCCGCAAUUCACUAGAUAAACUUAUGCUCACCCACUCUCCAGUGGAAAGAACUGAACAUGCGCCACUGGCUUACAAGGCACUGAGCGCAGAGAAUCCAAUUGCUUUUUUUCAGUUGAGAAAAAUUUCUUUGUACGUGUUAACCUUGAUAAAAAUGAUUCCUUUAGGGAUUUGUGCAUCUCCCAAACGCUCCCGUGUUUCCAUUUUCCCAAAAAAUCAUUACGUUUUCAAAAAACAUUCAAAUAAAAAGGAUUUUAAAUCCAUCAGUUUUACUCCGAUAUAUGUAACACAGAAACUGACACAACCUGGAAUUUCUCAGGUCUUUACUUUUUUCCCUUCGAGGGACAAGGUUACCAGCUCUUUAUUCCUAAUAUAUUGUAUAGUUACAAUAUCUACAUUGUUCCUUUGGUGUAAAUAUGCAAAAUCUUUGAUUACAAAAAAAAUCUUUGUCCAUUUUUGUCUUCCUUGAAUAAUGUAUUUAUUCAUUUACGGUUAAUAUUAUUGUUGUGAUUAUUUUCUUAUUCCAAAUUUUGACGGUGUAAACACUAUAGGAAACUUUAAAUUGAAAAGAAAGACAAGUAUGAAACACUUUUGGGAUUUGACUGUGGCUGGAAAGGUACGUGGC